AUGGGGGCUCCGGGCGGCUCGAGGCAGAGGAUCAUGCUGCUGCUGGUUCUGCUGGUGUGGUGCCCCGCUGCUCCGGGGCACGCCGAGAGGGUGAGUCAACACACCUCAAAGACGGUGUAACAUCCAAAUAACACGAAGAACAGGUGGACAGGUUAGCUGCGCGGGUGAGAAAGUUUGGGAGAAAAAGGUUAACUGAUGACCUUGACCACCUGUGUCACCAUGGAAACUUAAGCUCAAAAACUCUUACUGUAGUUUUGGGUUAGACUAUUUCUGGAUCUGUGUUAUAUGGCUAAUUUUAUUGGACAUUUACAAGAACAUACUGACGGGAAAAUGUGCUCUGAUUGGCUAGAUUCACCUGCUACCAUACCCUGCGUUUGUCUCCAUGGUAACUGUCAGACAGGUGUGUUUUCCUGCUGUACAAGAGACCAAUUAUCAGAAUAUGGCUUCCAGGUUUACAUAACAUGUUCUCUGUUCAGAGAAGCAGUGUCAAUGAAAUCUGUGAUAAUGUGGGUCAUGGAUGGUUUUCUGGACUUCUGUUCUUUGUGAAUUCUGGUUCUGCUGAGUUCUGGCCUUUUAUGAGAGCUGGUCUUGGUAAGUUCUGGUCCACAUGGGUUCUUUUGGAUUAAGUCUGGUCUUGAUGUCUGGGUUUACUCUUGAUGAAUUAUGGACCAUAAGCACUGGAUCUUAUAUUUUAAACCAAUGAGUUCAGUGUUCUGCAAGUUCUGGUUUCGUAAAGAUUCUGACUUGUGAGUUCUAACUUUAUCAGAUAUAGUUCUGGUGAGGUGUGCUCUUGUUUAGCCUGGGAUUUGAUGAGGUCUUUUAUUUUUUUUUGUAAUGUCUUGGUUUUUCAAAGUUCUGUGCUGGUCCAGUGGAGUUUGCUAUCUGGGGGGCAGGUGUUGCUGGGUUCAAGUCUUUGGGAGUUCCAGCCUAGAUGGGCUGCAGUCUCACUAAAACUGUUCAGAUUGGAUUUCGUAAACUCUGGUCUUGGUGUGUUUCCUGAGCAAGGUGAGUUCUGGUCUUGGUAAACACUGUUUUUAUUUUGUUCUGGCCCCAUGUGUUCUGGUUCUGGCAGCUUCCAAGUCCUUCUUUUGGUUCAUUCUGGUCUUAAUGAGUGCUUGGAUCUUUGGGGUUCUGGUCUUGGUUGAUUCCUCGAGUGGUGAUGGAUGAACAGUUGGAUGGAUGGUCUAGUCCUGAAAAUUUGGAUCUCUUUGAUCUGACCAGUUUGGGUACUGGUAAAUCCUGGUCUUUGACAGUUUGGGAUUCAGCAGGGAAACACAACUAAUGACGAGAUGUUCACGCCAUGUUCACCAGAGCCUCUGGUACAAAACUAGUAGUGUGAGCAUUCUCAAGACCAUGCAGGCACCUAAGUCUGAACAGGCACCCAAGUCUGUCAACUCUUCACCAAUUCCUGGUGGCGUGUCUGAGCUCACCUAAGGUGAUCUGGACUCAGGGUCCAUGUACAUACUCAGAAGGAGGCUUACUGUGGGGUUUGAAAGUGCAGCAAAGAGUUAGCCGACCACCAAUCUUUGAUAAGCCUGGGAUUUUACACCAUCAGACCCAGGUCAAGCCACACCCACCCCAGGCUCUACCCACCAAAGGACGAGCUUAAGGCCGAGCUUCAUCUAAGGAGGUUAGGGUCCAUGCGGGGGUCGGCUACUUCCCCUGUAUAGACCCCAAAGCGUAGGAGUCAUCUUACCUUUGACCAUAGUGAGAAACAUUAACAGACUUCCUUACUCAAAUCUGAGCUCACUUUAAAAUGUCACUUCUCACCACCAGUACUACGUAGAAUUAUACACUGUGAUCAGCUCAGGCACACUCCGUCUUCAGUUUCUCCCACAGAUCAAUUUUAUGGUCCAAUGAAUAACAAUCACAACUGAAGAAACAAAACUUAAACAGAAUGAAUCAAAACUUUUAGAAAGGUUUCAUUUAUUGACUGUUCAUACUGAGGUCUGUAAGCAUGGAACUGGUAGGGCCCGUGGGGCCUGGGCCCGACCAAUAAUUGACUAAAUAAAUAAAUGGGGAAACAAACUAUGUUGCCUGGCAUAAUUUAGACAUCUGCAAAUGAAGUGCUUGCUGUGUCAUCAGUUGCAGCAGCAAUGAAUGCCAACUCUGACAAAAGCUCUUUUACCAGAGGUGCACAAGUUGAUAAAACUGUUAGGUAUACAGUACACUGAAAAUUCAGCCACUGAAAAUUUUCGCCUGAAAAUUACCCAAAAGUUUCAGUUUUCAGCCAAAAGACUUUUAUCACCGAAACAACAUGGCCAAAGCCUUGGUUUCUUAUUUUCAAUUUCUGCAAAAAAUUCCUUUUGGUCCAUCCCUAUUCUACACCAUUCUGAUGCCAGUGUUGAGAGGUCUUUCUCAUCCCUUCGUUGUUUGAAAAAACAACUUGAGUUCCAGGACGACGCAAAACACACAUCAUUUCAUGUGUGUUCACAUAGGCUUUAGGCCUACAUAAGGAUGUUUUGCCAAUAGUGGAUGUUAAAAAGAUUUUCAGAGACUUCACUCAGCUUAAAGACCAAAGGAGGCUGUUCUUUGGUUGUUAAGCUGAGUGAAGCAUUAGACUGUAAUGACAGUAGGUCUGCUGGCUGCAUGUGUAGGUUUUUUUUCCCCUCGUGAUUGUGUACACACAUGGUGCAUUCAUGGACUCAUAGCAUGGAGGUGGGCCCCACCAGAUCUAGAUCUGUUCCGUGGUCCAUGUCUGUAAGUGUUCAUAUAUUAAUAGGAUGCACUGAUGUCACCAGUCCCUGCUCACACAGCACAGGGUUUACUGAGCUGGUCAUGGUGGACUCCUCUGUGCAGUUCAGCCAUGAGUGACUGGACUGGUCAGAAAAGACGCUGUGUCUCUGUGCUGUAUCUGCACUGCACCAUCAGCAAUGAGGAGACCAUGACGGCUCGUCACAGGGCUUUUCUAUGAAGACAGACUGAGUCCAGACUGACGGCUGUCUCUCCCUUUGACCCCUUUCAUUGUUUGAGUUCAUACUGAUUCUCCAGGAGUGAAAUGGGGAUCACUUUGGUUAAAAGGGAAAUAUCAACCAAAUUCUGACAUUGUCGAAAUGCACACACUUAAUGACCACAAAGAAAGAACAUUAAGGUAAACGAAACAUGCUGCCUUCCCUCCUCAGUUUUCUCAUCUUGCACCUUCAAACAGCAGUGCACUGUGCCUGUAUUUUGAGUGCAGCAGUUCUGGGUUGAACCCAAGGAUAAGGAGCUGCAGAGGGUCCACUCUCCUGUUUUAAUGCAUCUCCGCAGCUGUCAGCCGACUGUUGUCCAUUUUAUCAGCAGCUUUAUCUGAAAAUUUCUACCUUUUUUUUUUCACUGCAGAAACAAAAGAAUGUAAUAAGAAUGUCAGACAGGAAAUAAAACCUGUCUGUGUGUCUUUCUGAGUGUGUGUCCAUCUGUAUGUCUGUGUGCAGUCAGUCAGACAGUCUGCUCAAAGUCUGUUAUUUUAGUUUGUCUGUUUUCAGUUUCAGCCUUUUGUCCUGAUCUGCUGUUAUUACUGACCCAAAUGAUUGGCACGUACAAACACACUCACAGGCACACACGCACACACUCUCUCUCUCUCUCUCUCUCUCUCUCUCUCUCUCUCUCCUAAUCUUUUAUCUGAUCUGCUGAGCUGCAGUUAAAAGGAAAGUCAUCUUCCACCUGACUGAAAGCUGCUGAGCAGUCAGUGAAAAUCCAUACUGACAUUCUGAAUUAUUUCACUUUUACUCUUUUAAGACUAAGAGUCGCUCUGAACCAUGAAACACGAAUGUAGACAGAGCCACCCUGAAACCUCCUUUCAGCCAUCAACAUCUUGAACGAUGAAAGAACUCAAAAUAUUUGCAGCUCAAGGGGUUAAAUUCAGGGCCAGUAUUAGCUUAGACAGUUUUCAUAAAUGAUACCUGGGCCACCAAGGUAUUGUAUAUUUCUUUAAUGUAUCAUGCAGCCCUUGCAUAUGAUGGCGGGUACGUCUUUAUGAGUCACUUUUGACUCAAAUUCAAAUCUGCAUUUUAACUCUGGAGGUAAAGUUCUUACAUCAACUGUCAUGAAGUCACUGUAAUCCAGUAAACCAACGCAUCAUGCCGCCGUACGAUCCAGCAGAGGGUGCUCUCAUCACAACCCAGCCACUCCAUGCACUCAUGCUGUGCAAAAAGUAGCGCCCACAAGCUGUGGCUGAUUGUCAAUUACUGGAAAAUGUCCCUGUCCUUCAUUUCAGGAAUCUGCUCCUAUUAUUCUCCUUCAUCACUGUGACUGGUUUCCAUCAAAUGCUUGAUAUUGAUUGGUCAUGAGUCCAGAAUAACAGAGAUUGAUUCUUGACAGGAUGAGGAAAACCAGGAACGACCUGUUCAAAAACAUCAUAUGAAAGAGUCCGGCACAUUUUAAUCUCUGCCUGUUGACAAUGUUGCAAAGAUAGAGCUUCUGUUAGUGACCCAUCAGGUUAAGGUGACCAAAUUUCUGUAAUCAAAUCCGGGGAUAUUCGGUGCGGACAUGGGCUGCGUGAUCACAGACAACAUCUCGGUACUAUUUAGUAGCAGCACAUGCCCCUUGUAAUAACCCCCGUAAAAACUGUUGCUCAGGACUGCUUACUUGUGCUUCUUACUCCUUCAGCUACUGUAAUAACCGUUGUUCUGGCCCACACACAACAUUUUUGUUCUCAUUCAUGAAACGCUUAAAUCAGGGACAUUUUCGGGGACAGCUUUUGCCGGGGACAGGUCAUCCAAUUCGGGGACUGUCCCUGGAAAUCGGGGACGUCUGGUCACCUUACAUCAGGUCCGACUCCCUGCUUUGGCAACCAUCACAAAACUAGACCGACUGUAUUUGAGCUCAAGUCUUGCAAUAACGAAUGCACUGAAGAGUAAAAGUCUGAUAUCUUUGUUCUUGUCAUGCUAGGGCUUCUCAGAGAGGUUUUCAUACGGCAGGUCAUGAGGGUCAAACCCGCUGUCUGAACCUGAGACAUGAAAACAAUCUGAUCCUCACUUCAGAUUCUGCAGGUCUGUGUGAAACAGCUGAACCAUCACUGUAAACUGAAUGUGGAACAUUACCCAUGAUGCCCUGCUGUAGGACGUGUCCAGGCAUCAAGCGUCUGUAGGAUGUGAGACAGGAAUGAAGAUAAGACAACAUCAGGCCUUCAUCAGCCUGUCUGUGACUCUGACUGUCUGCAGGUUCACUUUAUCGCACAGGAAGGACUGUUACACCUGCAGGAUACAUGAAGGUGUUUGGGUUUGAACCCCCAGAAAAAUGUCGGCCAGAUAAAGACAUCAUGAAGAAACAUGCUGAGCUGCCGCACUGCUGUGUUGCAGCCUAAACCUGAGACCCUGUUCAUCCAGGACUGAGCUCUGAAACUGAUACACCUGCAGAAACACCUCACAUGACUCUAGUUUCCUCAGUGUUCAACUCUUUCUUCGUCUCUUUCUGCAGAUCUGCCACUGCAGCGGCAAGUCCCUCUGUCACUGCGAUGGGGUCAAAGGUCAGAAGGUGAGUGGGACAGAGGAAGAGUAAAAGCUGAUCUAUUCUUCACUGUAAUAUUAAUCUGUUAUUAUUGUUUUUUUCACUGUUAAAUGACGUGAAUCUUCAUUCUUUAGAAACAUUACUUGUCUUUGAGCUAGUGACACAUACUUGAUGAAAACUGUUCUUUAGCUGACAGAUGUUCCUACCUGAUGCCCUGAGUCCUGUUUGCUGCUCCUCUUAGGCUGGGCUCACCUCCACCUGUCAAAGCUUUAAAGAGUACAAAGGCAGGCAACCUGAAAGGCAAAAAACAGGGCAAAAAAAGAACCAUGAAAGUGAUCUACUCCUUGUCUUCUGUUUUUACAACCAUGGUACUUCAUAACCCCCAAGGAUGUUUUUUUUAACACACAGGGUACUUUUCAGGAUCUGUUAUAAGCAGUGGUGGGUCAUGCAUUUCACACAUAGGAAUUCAGUGCCAAUCCACUUAGUCCUACCCAAAUGAAUACACCUCAUAAUACUAUCAAUAUGACAUUAUGGUGCAAGAAUCCAUCAGAAUCACACUUACACAUUACAUCACCUUGAUAUAGGCUAGCCGAGCAACACUUAUUUCCCGCAGCAUUUAAACCAAUAAGCACACAUUCACAGUUAAGAGUAGAUACUAAGAUCACAGAUACUGUCAAAACUCAAAAAUAAAAGGCGAUUUUACGAUCUCAGUCAACAAAAGGUCACCAAAAGUAUGCCAUUUGAGCUCAAACAAGUUUGUCCAAUAAAUUGUGCGUUGUCACCAUUUCAUGUUAAGACACCAAAGAGAAGAUAACGAAACAAACUAUUCAUUACAAAAAAAGUAAACAGAUCAUUUGCAUUUGUCUAUGAGAAUAUGCAACAGCAAAACAAUUGGACAUAAGGGUGCAGCUCUGUGUUCUACCAUGAGGAUUUAUUUGAUGGUACCCUCUUAUUUUCUGUUUGACGGUGAACUUCAGAUACCCUGUGGUAUAUUUAAGGAACCCUCAAGGCUACUUAACUGAACUGGUGUUUCAAUCAGAGGUACCAUACCUUGAAACAGAACCUCAAGUAAGAUCUGAAACAGAGCCUCCCUUGAAUAGCAGUUAGGGUGUACCCUCUGGCUGCCCUGUCGUGUCUGUUUCUCAGUGUCAAAGAUGAAUCUAUUUUGAUGGACAGAUAAGUGGUCUGUUUGCGGGGCAUCCUGAAUGGUCUGUCCUGAAAAUUCUGUCCUAAAUGGUCUGUCCUGAAUAGUCUGUCCUAAAUGGACUGUCAGAUACAGUCUGUCCUGUAUGAUCUAUCCUGAAUGGUCUGUCCGGCAUGGUCUGCCCUAAAUGGUCUGUCUUGUAUGGUCUGACCUGUAUAAUCUGUCUUAAAUAUUCUAUCCUGUAUUGUCUGCCCUGUAUUGUUUCUCCUGAAUGGUCUGUCCUUUGUGGUCUGUUAUGUGUGGUCUAUCCCGUAUGGUCUGUCCUAUGAGGUCUGUCCUGAAUUGUAUGUACUGAAUGGUCAGUCCUAUGUGGUCUGUCCUGUGUGGUCUGUUCUGUAUUUUCUGUCCUGUGUGCUCUGUCCUGAGGGGUCUGUCCUGUUAUGUCAAUUAUAUAUGGUCUGUCCUAAAUGGUCUGUUCUGUAUUUUCUGUCCUGAAUGGUCUUUCCUGUGUGGUCUGUCCUGCAUGGUCUGUCCCAAACUUUCUGUCCUGAAUGGUCUGUCCUGAAUAGUCUGUCCUAAACGGUAUGUUCUGUAUUGUCUGUCCUGAAUAGUCUGUCCAAAAUUGUAUGCCCUGUAUUGUCUGUCCUAAAGGGUCUGUCCUGUGUGGUCUGGCCUGAAGGGUCUGUCCUGUAUGGUCCGUCUUGUAUUGUCCAUCAUGUGUGGUGUGUCCUGAAUGCUCUGUUCUGCAUGGUUUGUCCUUAAUUUUCUGCCCUGAAUAGUCUGUCUUUUAUGGUCUGUCCUGUGUGGCCCGUCCUGCACACUCUGUCUUGAGUGGUCUGUCCUGUAUUGUCUGUCCUGAAUAGUCUAUCCUUAAUGGUCUGUCCUAUGCAGUCUCUUCUGUAUUGUCUAUCCUGAAUGGUCUGUCUUAAAUGGGCUGUUUUGAAUGGGCUGUUUUGUACUUGUAACCCCUGUCCCAUGUAGCUAGAUAAUACUUACUGAGAAAUAAUAGGGGUGUUGUAGUACAGUGGGACGGGGCCUGAAGUCGUCUGGCGCUACCUGUGAUGAUAAUAUAUGAAACAAUUUGACAGUGUGUCCAAUAAAAUUUAAGAAGUAAACACAACAGUUGGUACUUACCCUUUAAAAUAAAAGUCACUUAAACCUAUAUUGAUCCAAAAAGUAUUACUUUCGUAACUACAACACAGGAUUUAGUUUAACUAUGAAACAUUUUUAGUACAAGGUUAUGAAUUGGAGUUUCAACUUAAUUAACUUGUUCACUGCCAACCUUUAAGUAUGUGCUGAUAAUAGUAUUCAAACACUCUGGCAGUUUUGACUCACAAUUUAUCCCUGAUAGACCCGAAUAGGAAAGCUAAAAUAAAUCAAAAUGACCAGGGAAACUUGGAUGCCCAAUCCCAAACCGCCCCCUACAUACUCGCCCUAUACACUCUUCCUCCGUUUGCGCAUUCCUGCGGAGGCUCCGCCAUAUUGAAGGCCGCCCCAAACCACAGAGUGCCGAGGGCGAGAAGUUGUUCAGCCCUUCAAUAGCGAGCCUAUUGAAGGAGGAGGAAACAACAUACAAAUAUAAGUUCCGUAUGUGUCCAUCUUUGUCUUACUGACAAAAAAAAAAUAUCACAAAAGACAUGGUUUGGAAAGAUCAAACGGAAGUUGGAAAAUCUUACUCUGUGCUGAGGUUUGAUUUGAUUGUGCGGCACAUGUCAAAUAGUGAUGGGGUUCAAAGACAUAUGGAAUCACUAACAAUCAGAAGUAUAAUUUAGCUCCUGUCACUGUGAUGGUUGCUGGAUUUAUAAUUUUACAGGGAGGAUGAAGAAACGAGGCAGCCGCUGCGGCUCAGAACUGAACAUGAUGUCCGUUCACAAAGAAAAUAAACGCUGCCUUGCACAGGACGCGUCUUUAGGUUGCUAUUCUGUUUUCAAGUGGAGUGAGGAGGGCGUCCCAUACCCGCCCAUCUUGUUUAUGUCCCCCCAUUUGAAUUGGGGCGCACUCCACAGCUGCGAGUGUAACUUCAUUACGAGUGACACUCAGUAGUGAAGGGUGAAUGUGUAGGGGGCGGUUUGGGAUUGGGCCAAAGUGUCCAAAGCCCACACUCACACACUCACUCACACCGGGCCAAAAUAAAAAAUGUUGCAGGCCCAGUAUAUGCUUGUGAGUGGGAAGCCGAAAAAUAAAUGGCCACCUCACUGGCUUUAACCAGCACAAACAAAAAGGCAAGUGCAAAGUGUUAAUUGUACUCACAAAUCCACACAGUCAGAGAUAAGGAUGGGUGCAAAAGGGACAAAUGGCAAUGUGCAGUUUCAGCGGCAUGGAAUGGAGCAACAUCAACAUGUGGGAGCAAACCACGCUCAAGCACAGUCGGUACAGUCUCUCCCACAGUCCAGGGCUCUCCAGGUCCUCACUCUCUCCCUCUUACGGCAAAUGUCUGGUCCUCUGUCAGCUUCUCAGAGUUCACACACAACAACCAUAGGAUGACUCUCCGUCAGUCUUGGAAGUUAGGAGUGUUUCACAAUACCUUUACAGCUUAGAGCUAUCCUGGGGCCUAUUCUAAGAAGCAAGUUCGACCUAGCAAGGUAGCCUUGGAGCUACCUAGUUCAACUUAGCGCGGUAGCCAGCGGUCUCGCUAAACGGUCUUACGACACUGGUUAUCAACCUCAUAAGUGGAUCCAGCUUUGCUAUCAGCACGCGCACACAUGUAUCUGACCAAUCGCGAACAUGGACCAGUCUGGAGCGUCAGAGCAGGCCGGAGAGCAAGUGGACCGCAGACUUUACAAACAAGGAGCAGGAGAUAAUCAUGAGAAAGUAUGAAGAAUUCAAAUCGAUCAUAAACCUCAAAAGCAACACCGUCGCUGCUGCAAAAGCACGGAAGGAAUGCUGGCAGAAAAUUGCAGACAGUAUCAAUGCGUAAGUAUAGUGCGCAAAAAAUCUUUGAUGCCAUUAUCACACUGAAAUAGCACUGUUCAACAUAUGCUUUUAACAUGCACCAGACAUGUCUAAUUCAUUUCCAAGAUGAAUUCAUUCAUUUGUUCAUUUCUAUCUUGUUUACAUUUUUUGUGUGAUAUGUAGGCCAUAUGAGCCUUUCAUAAAGGUGGUCAUCUGGAGAAGCUCCUCGGACAAUGCAAGCACCGAGGUCUAUAGGAUCCUCCAAGAACAGACAAGCCAUUUUUCGAGAGAGCUCAUUGGUCGGUGGGCGGGGUUUUUAUACUCGGUGAGUUCAAUCUGGAACCUAACCUGCCCCGGAGCAGAUUAGCCGUACAGCAUACGUUGCCAUGGAGACUCGCCUCGCUAAGAAGUGAACCCGCAUCGUAGAACAGGAAAACCCGAACUUACACUCGAAGUUACCUCGCUAAGCUGUAAUCCUGCUUCGUAGAAUAGGCCCCUGCUCACAUGCUGAGAAAGCAGCCUCUGCUGUCCCAAAUGCUGCGGCCUGUCAAUGAUGCUAAGCACCUCCUACCUGAACAAGGUAAGGACAGGAUUGGCCAAGGAUACAUACAUGCAAAGAUGAGAGAAUAAGAGAUGCUUCACUACCCCACAACAAACGUGGUCUCCUGCCUUUUGUGCCAACAACCAAAUUUCAAUAGAUAUUAAAAACAAACACCACCUUUUUAUGUCUCACUUUUGACUGUAUAUGAAAUUUUAACAUAUUAUAGUUCAACAUUUUCAAUAUAUUUACACCUCACAAAGUAUUAUUUAUUACUAACACAAAAAUCUGUAUAUGAAUGAAUAAAAAUAAUAGCCACAGGGCUACGUAUGGGCUGUCCUGUAUGGUCUGCCCUGUAUUGUCUGUCCUAAAUGUUCUAUCCUAUGUUGUCUGCCCAGAACUGUCUGUCCUGAAUGGUCUGUCUUAAAUGUUUUGUCUCGUAUUGUCAACCCUGUAUUGUUUGUCCUAAAUGUUCUGUCCUGUAUUGUCUACCAUGUAUUGUAUGCUGAAUGGCCUGUCCUAUGUGGUCUGUCCUGUAUGUUCUGUCCUGUAUUGUCUGUUCUAAAUGGUCUGUCCUGUAUUGUCGGCCCUAAAUGGUCUUCCCUGAAUGGUCUGUCAUAGGUGGUCUGUCCUGUGUAGUCUGUCCUGAAUAGUAUGUCCUUGAUGGUCUGCCCUGUAUGGUAUGUUAUGUCCUGUGUUGUCUGCCCUGUAUUGUCUGCUGAAUGGUCUCUUCUACGCGGUCUGUCCUUAAUGGUCUGUCUAGAUGGUGUACCCUGUAUUGUCUGUCCUAAAUGGCCUGUCCUGUCUGGUCUGUCCUGUGUAGUCUGUCCUAUAUGGUCUGUCUUAUGCAGUCUGUGUUGUAUUGUCUAUCUCAAAUGGUCUGUCCUGUAUUGUCUUCCCUGAAUGGUCUGUCCUAAAUGGUCUAUCCUGUAUUGUCUGUCCUAAAUGGUCUGUCCUGAAUAGUCUGUUCUGAAUGGUCUGUUCUAUGUCGUCCGUCCUGUAUGGUCUGUCCUGAACAGUUUGUUCUAAAGCCGUCCUGUUUGCUGAGGGUUCAUUUAAGUGACUGUAUUAGAAGGAGAAGAUAGAGACUUUUUACAAUCACUGGGUUCAUUUUAUUUUAUUUUAUUUUUCAGGAUACCUGUCAGUUUUUCUUAAGAUAACUUACGGGCUGUUUGAAGCCAUCCUUAAGUGUCAUGUGUGAUUGAGCCUUUAGUUUUCAAUUCUUUGUACCAUUUAGUGUCCCCUCUGAAGGGCGGAAUCUCUUCAAGUGUGCCUUCAAACCUCUUAUUAAUUAUUAUUUAUUCUUAAACUGGUCUUUCAGAGUGACUUUGUGUUUCCAUCUUUCAGCACCUAAAAAUGCUACACUUUUACCCCAUGUUGUCCAUCUUUUGAUGUACCCUGUGAUGGUUAUUUCAUGGAGACCUUUAGCAGCCAUUGAGAUGUCAUAAGGUGUACUUUACUGGAUGUUUUCAGGUCCAUUAGAUAAAGCCCACUUGGGCCUUGGUUAUGAGGUACCCUUUGGUAUCUGUAUUAAAGUACUAUGCUGUCUCUUUUUCUGAGAUAUCCUGCACUGACAUCUUUUUCAGUUGCUGUCUGUACCCUCUGGUUCUUUACUGCUGGUAACCCCCCCCCCACUCCAGUUUCUUUUCCUGGUCUGCUGCCCCUAUGUAGUGACCUGUUGUCACUAAACACUGUCUAAAUCUGAGUGUUGGUCAGCAGGAUACUAUUAUUAUAAUAUUCAAACAUAAGGUCAUAAACCAAAAUAAUCUGUGAAUGUUUAGAAGUUUAGAAACUCUGACACACUGAAAGCUGAAAAUCCUAAAUAGUCCAGAUUCAAAACAUCAUGAAGAGAUAAGUAUUUAGUUUGAGCUGCAGUGGGGUCUGAAAUCUUUGUGUGAUGUAUCACAGGUGUGAUAUCACAGACCACCCAGGUGGGAACUCUAUGAUCUCAAGUGUGUUCAGCAGGAGAAAAAAGGCCGGUUCCUCUCUGCUGAACAUGAAACGUCCGUCUUUUAGCUCAGGAGCCUGAAUGCACCUGGACCACAUCCAGCCUCUAUGUACACCUGAUGUCACCUGAGUUUAGUGCCCCUGUGUGGAUACCCAGAAAACUGAUCCAAUCUUUUGUACAUCUCAUGAGACAUACUUGUGUUUUUAUCUUCUGUAGGGUGAACUUGGUUACCCUGGGUAUGAUGGACUUCCUGGAGGGGUUGGUUACCCUGGAAACGAGGGCCACCAGGGCCCACUUGGAGAAAAGGUAAUGACCAAAUAACUGAACAUGAUUUCAGGCUUUUUAAUAAGAUUUUUUUUAUCACUUGAUAUUUUGACAACAUUGUCGACUCCACCCAUGGACCCUGAAGCUUACAAUUUUACUUUUGCUGAAAACAAACUGUUUGCUUAUGUAGUUUUUCUUCUGGAUCAUUUUAAAAAGUUCAACCAAUUUGAGAGGUUUAUUGUGUUGAAUGGACUGUGGUGUGGUUCUACAGGAUUCUUUCUUUGGUCCUCUUUUUUUUUUUUUUUUUAAAUUUCCAAUGCAUUCAGUACUACAUCUGAUGGUUUAAGACUUUUGUUGAUAUGAUAUCAUCAUGGAAAAUGUUUGAGCCAAACAGUUCUUUACUUUUGUGUCAACAGUAAACAGGUGAAGGUACUCUAAAUUACUGGUGUUUUAGUCAGAGCAGACAGUAGGCUGAUGAUGCGGCCAGAUUUCAAUCUUUGAUCACAAAGAUGAAGACUAAAUAUUUUCAUACAAAACUCCAUGACCUGUGACAAAACUUUGCCCUCCAUUGGUGCUGACUGAGGAGGGCACUGUUCAGUCUUUAUCUGCUGCUGCUGUGUUCACAUGUCACCCCCGUGAUAGUUUCCAGCUCUAGAGUCAGGUGAAUGUAUAAUGGUACAUCAGCAUCUUCUGAGAAAACUCUGAGUGUUUUCAUUUUUCUUUCUUUCAGGGCGAUCCGGGACCUGGAGGUGUUCCAGGACUCAAAGGUUCUCGAGUAAGACAGAAAACAACAUUUCAGACACAGUUCUACUAAACUUGUUCAAACAGGUUUUGUAUCUCUCCAGACCUGACUGAAAGAAAACAGAUAAUUUCAGCAAAGAAAUCCACUUUCAGUCACAGUCUCCUUUUUUAUUUUCAAGGGUCUUCCAGGAAAACCAGGCUUCUCAGGACCUCCAGGACUGCCGGUGGGAACUAUUAAUUAACAAUCAUAUGAGUUUUACACAAGGAAUGGAAGGACUUAAGAUACGUAUGAAUAAGCCUUCAUGCUGAAAUAAAGUAUUAUGUAGAGAGAAGGCAGUGUCUAAUUUCUUUAGUCAAGGACAUGACUCAAACUAAACUCAAGCCUGAGCUGUUACAAGCAUACUUCUGAAUUUAUGUCUUGUGUGGACUUCCUCAUUUCUAUCAAAUGAUAAUUUUCUAUUGAUAAUGGAUAUUUAUCCGGGGAUCCUUGGACCAACCUUCAUGGAAGUAGAAUACAAAAUAAUUCCAGAUGAGUCAGUUGGUCAUUAGCCUGUUACACUAGUGUUUGCUUUAAAAAAUCUGUUGGGGAGUUUUUUUUUGUGUUUUUUUUUUAAAAAGCUUCUGAAACUUCAAACAGGAAAGAUUCAAACUACACAAAUGGAUUUUCUCACUCAUAUGAGAUCACGCUGGUUUAUCAUUCAUGAACUUCUGAGACUGUGUUGUUGGGUGUUCUUAGGGACUCCCUGGACAUGAAGGACCCAUCGGCCGACCAGGACUCCCAGGAUGCAAUGGGACAAAGGUAGAGCAUUUACCUGGACACUGGGUCCUUAUGUUUUACUGAGUAUGGGUCUGAAAUCAUGUCACAUGCUGAGCAGGACUGUCAUUGUCAGUCACCAGAGAUCCAUUGUUUUUGUUUGUCAGGCUAAAAUUCAUGUAGCUUUAAAACUGUAAUUAUUUUGGUGUUGUUGUAGUAAUUGUACUCUUAAACUAAAGAAACCACGUUGAGUUGACCCCUGGGUCAUUUUGUUAAAGGUUAACUGGCGAACAUUUGUCAGUGUCUUGAGGGUGGUGUUCUGGUCUAAAUGUGACUCUAAAACAGCUGUUGUAACCAUGACUACUGCUGAUAUUUUGGGGUGAAAGUCACCAGAUUACAGGGUAACUUUUUAAACCAAAAUACCAGCUUCCCAUCAUGCAUGUGAGACCAGUACACAUGGCUUUUGUUUGUCUACACAGUUUGAAAAUGGGGCUCUGUGUGAUGUAGUGAUGCCAGGACAGCCCUGCAAUGGUCUUAGCUUGGGUCCGCUUUACAGUACUGCAGUGGGCACAAAAGAUGACAGUAAUCAACCUUUUUUUUUUAAAAAAAAUCUGAAUCAACAAAAAACAAAAAAGCUACAGACAUGAAAAAACCUGAGGAGUGCAUGUUAUUGAGAAAAAGAUCAGGACCUAGAACUGGGCCCUGAGGUACACCACACAUGGAUUUUUCACACAAUGAAGCCCAACACCAACUCUAAUGUACUCCAUCCUGAUAUCUGAGGUGUUGAGAACAUCAAAGGACUUUACUGAACUUUGGGGUCACAUGAUGCAACACAGUGCUUCAGAGGAGGGUCUUUGUGAGAAAGAAAUAACUCAGUGUCUUUUAGGGGGAUGUUGGUUUUCCUGGCUACCCUGGGGAUCCAGGAUCUGUUGGCCUUCAGGUGAGUUCUACUUUUAAUUGGUUCAAAGCAUCCAUUGGACAGUUUAAGUUAAAAAGGCAGUAGAGAAAUACAUUAGGCUAACUAACAAGCUCUGUAAAGAUGAGGCUAACUCUGCUGUUGUGAUUUAGGGUCAACCAGGACUGCGAGGUGCAAAGGUAAGACAAGCUGUUUAAGUCUCAGGCAGUCAGUCAGUCAGUCAGGGUUUUUUCAAACUCUGGUCAACAUUUCUUUUCCUGUGUCUGUUUUCAGGGACACAUGUACGUCUUUCCCAUAACUCAGGAAAUUAAGGGAGCAAGAGGACCACAAGGACUGGAUGGAGAAAAUGUCAGUCACUUUCAAACAUGCUGAUUUAGACCAAGCAAAAAGUCUUCUCAGUAGUCUUUAGUCCUAUUUUGUUUCCUGUAUUCUGCCAACAUUAAGGCUGUCUUUCUCAUCUGUAUUUAAUUAUAAGCUGCAGUGAAGGAUGAGAUUGUGAGUCAUGACCCUCACUGUCCUUUAAAAUAAGUGUUCAGGCUGUUUCAUGUGAGAAAUGUAGCUUUUAUUUUGAACAUGUGGUCAGUCUAACAAAACAAAUGAUUCGGACUCAUCUUGAACCCUCUGAUGAACUGUCAUACUCUCCUCUGAUUGGUGGGUUGUGUUGCAGGGGCUGAGUGGAGCUCCAGGUGAACCAGGCAUACCAGGACCAGCUGGAUCUGAUGGACCUUCUGUACGCUCCUCCUUAAUAAUUAAGAAAAUAAUGCAUUUUAUUUUUAGGUGCCUUUCACAGCACUCAACUGUCACGCUUUAUUUGUCAACAAUCAACAGAAUCAGCAACUUGUUUUAUUUUUUCAGGGAAGUCCAGGGUUGCCUGGGGUACCAGGAGAAAAGGUCAGUGUGAAUUAGGCUGAACAGAUGUAAAAACACUAAUUCUGUUGUUUUGACUUUGCAUGAAGAGCAGUUACUGCUAAAAUAAUGUUGUUAAACCGAUUCUGCUAGUAGAAGUGAAUAUCUUUAAUUGCUCACAUGCAAGUCUCUUUUUUUGCAAGUUUCCUUUUUGAGGAAUUUUAAACCUGUUCAAACAUUUGUCACAUUAUCCUGCCUAACCAAGAAAGCACCACAUCAGGACAAGUUAUUAACUUCUUAUUUAAUAAGUCAGUAUCUAACAUGCUCAAGAAAUAUCUCGUCCAUCCAAAAUUUGGUAAAGAUUUAGUGGAAUAAUUUCAUAUCUUGCUCAAACAAUUUAACACUAACUUGUAACUGAAUAAGUUAGUUUCGCUUCUGUGCUUUUGCACAAGUUAGUAUCUGGCUCAUAUGUUGGAGUCUUUCCUUCAGUGAAGGUUAGUAUCCUGUUGCAUUUCUUAGAGUCUGGUUUGCAGAAGACACAAACUUGUUUCCACAUACAGUAUCUUGUUUUCAGAAGUUUUACCUUCCUUAUACAAGAUACUUACUUUCAAAAGUAAGUUUCCUGCUUGCCUUAGUAUCUGGUCUCAGAAAGUUAGUACUGCUUGCAUAAGUUACUGUUUUUUUUGUUUGUUUGUUUGUUUGUUUGUUUGUUUUGUUUUUUCUGAUAAAUAUAUCUGAGCAAGUUCGUGUUUGGUAAGCUUUUUGAUAUCUUGCUAACAAAAGGCAACAUCUUUUUCACAUAACUCCAAAUGUUGUUUUUAAACUUUCCACAGGAUACACAAUCACACAGUGAACAAACUAUUGGACUUUCUAAUCAACCACCAUGUUAGCGGAGUUUGGUCACCUGACAUCAGUUGUUGUAAAAACUUCAUUUAGUGUGCAUCAAAAUCAAUGCACAGGAGACAGGAUGAGAUCUGAAGAGCCUGGGUGUCUGGGUGCAGAAAUCAGUACAAAUGUUACAGAGUCUAGACCAAAGUAAUUUGGCCCAAGCUCUCCUCUCACUCACUUUUAUGCUGCUGAGUGUGUGUGUCAACAUAACAGGUGUGUGUUACGUUAUGUAUUACAAUUGUGCAUCUCUUAAGCGUGUGCGUUACAAUUGUGAGCCCUCUCAGGUGUGUGUGGCAAGUGCAAGUCUCUUUUGGUGUGUAUUACACAAACAAGUCUCAUCCAGCCUGAGUACAGGCACCUGGGAGGUGAGCCAAUAAAAAACUGUAUCGGGCUCUAUUCUUGUGCCUCAUCGGCAGCUUGGCCCAGGCACGGUGCAAGUCAGGUCCAACUCUGCCACGCUGAUGGCGUGUGCCCAAGCACAAUUUUGCACUUUGGUGAGCAGCGCAGGCCGGCAGAAUUUCACUCCCUCCGUAUCUCAGGUCCUCCCAGCAGCGCAAAUAGGAAAGAGGGAUGGGAGAGCUGAGUCUUUAUACCAAUCACAUCCUCUCCUCACCUUUGAAUGCACCACCAGUGAGGCGUACUACAAAAUUGGUGAAGUAGUCUACAAGAUGACUGUAGGUUAUAAUCGGCGAGCUUUCAGCACACUCUCUACGCUGCCAGCAAGCACAAAAUUGUCAAUUCUUUCAACACCUCGCCCUAAUGUACAGCCACACUCAGCUUGGUGCAGCUCGGCGUGCCGUGCCACCCUGCACCGCUGGCAGGCACUUAAAAAGACCCUUGUCUUAAGAUCAACAGAACAUUAGUACCUCUAGGAAUGCUCAGCUUUACUUUUCUGGCAACCACCAAGGUUAACAGGACCUUACACGCCCGAACUGACCCCACAGUUGUUGACAAGACUGCUCCUCAUUAGCAUGACUGCCUUUGCAUUCCCCUAUAGUCUGCAUUCUGCAUCCUGAUGAUGCUGUGUUCUGGUUUCAGGGUCAGGAGGGUCCUAGCCCAGUGAUUCCGGGCCCCCAGGGACAGAGGGUGAGCUGAUAGUCAAGAUCUCAUUUCUAAUGUUGAGACUAAGACUUUGAAUCCAGAUGAAUGUUUCUAAUUUCUGUUAUGUCAUCACCAUUAUCAUCGUCACUGUCAUCACCAUUACACCCAUCAUCAGCUUUCUUUGAUUUUCAGGGCAACCGCGGUCCUCCUGGAAUCCCUGGACAGAAAGGAAUCAAACUUUACGCUGAAGGACCAAAAGAGCUAAAGGUCUAUCCUUCUGUCCAUGUGUCUGCUAACUGUUGUCUUCCCUUUUACUGAUGUCUUUGGAUUCCUGUUUCAGGGAGAACCAGGUGAUGUUGGGGAGAAAGGUUGCCUUGGAUUCCCAGUAAGUUAAAAAUAGUCUAAAACUAAUAAUUACAUCCAGUAAUUGUUAUUUUAUUGACUGGGAUAGUAAAUGUAAUAAUGUGUUUCUGUUUUCUUCACCAGGGGUCAGCGGGGAGGCUGGGAAUUAAAGGAGAAAAGGGCGAGAGAGGAGAUCCUGGUACACCUGUGAGAAAACUUCACGAUCACAGGAUCUAUGAAAAUGAAAUCUGGAGUUUUAUUUUUGUGUCUCUCUGUGGUUUUGCUCUGAAUCAGGUACUGGUCUUAUGUGUUAUUUGAUGUUUUAGGGUAAACCAGGGAAGGAUGGACUCAUCGGAGAGCUGGGAUUACCGGUAUGAUGUCCUCAAAGAUCUCAACUCAGAGGAUUACACCAGAUCUUAGGCUACAUCUGUUUCUGGCUGGUCUCUUUAGCCACAUAAUGGACAGGAACACUCUAGGACCAAAACUAAAACCAAUCACGUCUUAUUCCAUGUUACUUUGAGGAAUCCGACUUAUCGGUGCACACUACAUUAUGGUGUCUAUUAGACUGAUCUCUGAUUCUAGACUAUCUGUCUGCAGGGAGACCCUGGGGACCGUGGGUACAUUGGUCCUCCAGGUAUUGAUGGAGCCCAGGUGAGUACUGUGAGGUAUAGAAGGUAAUACUGCAGUAGUACAUGAGGUACAAUAUUUUGCGGUGUUUAACAUGUGUGUGUUGUCAGGGAGAAAAAGGUGAACGUGGUUUUCCAGGUCUUCCAGGAGAGGUGAGUCUGGAUCACAAUGUUUAUGUAACAGACACAAAAAAUGGCAAAAUAAAAUACAGGCUAGAAAUAGCUUUAAUCCUUCUCCUUAGGAAAACUGCUUUUACUGCUUAGUUGGUAGUUAUAGGUGUGCAACACUGAAGUCCUCAAUGGUUCUCCAAACAAGUUUAAUAGAGGGUAAUCGGAUCGGAUAUUGUAUUAUUUUGAAUUAUAUUACAUCUUAUCAUACCACAUCGUAUCGUAUUACAUUGUAUCAUUUCAUGUCACAUCUUAUCACAUCAUAUCGUAUGAACUGUAUCCUAUGGCUUAUUGUAGUAUGGAUUGUAUUUUUUGUGUCAUAUAGAACCAUGCAUCAUGAUGUAAAGUAUCAUAUUCGGAAGCUCAUAUGUUACUGUGUUAUUAACGAUCAACAUUGUGUUGUAUAAUAUCAUAAGGCAGACAUACUUUUGUCAUUUAAUAGAUUAUUACCGGGUGUCUUAUUUGAUCCCCUAAUUGAGCUAUGACCACAGAUUGACUUAUCAGUCCAUGUAAACAUACAGACUGUGGUUUCCACCUACAGUAAAUGAGGAAAGUCACUUAGCAUGUAUCUUUUCUUUUCAUGUGACAACAUACAAGUUCCUCAGUUUUUUAAAUAUAUUUAGGUUUUCAGGGGCUAAAAGGAUGAGAGUUGUGGCAAAAAAUUUAUUCCUGUGUAUUUUGAAUCAACAGAAGACCUUCUGUAUUUGAGUUACCUUUCUGUUUUUGAUUUCCCAUCAGACAGUCUGGAAUCACAUAUUUCUGAAGAACCAACCUGGUCCCCCCGGGCCCCGUGGACCCCUGGGAGUCCCAGGGCAACAAGGUCAGAGAAGGGUAUCACUACUUCAAAACCACACAGGUGGAUGUUAUCAUGUUUACAGUGUUCCAGCUGAUCCAGACUGUUGGCAUCUAAGUUUCCAAAGAGGCUCAGAGUAAAAUUAUGAUGUGUGAAUGAAAAGAAUGCCAAGCCAGACUGAUGAAAGAUGUAACAGGUUUUAUUGAAGAUAAUGUAAUGCUAAAGGUGAGUGAAUCCAAAGUCCAUGUGAGGUGAGUCCAGAUGAGAGAGAGUGCUGGGCGGUGGGCUCGUGUAAAGCACAGAGGGAGGCACUGGAAAAAUGGGAGAGAAAAGGAGGGCUAGACAAAAGAAAUCCUAAACCACCAGAAAAUCUUCAAAUAUUACUCAGUAGUCACAAGUAGCCUUUGAGGAGGUCAAGUACCACUGUGUAGAGGUGAUAAUACUCUGAUGCUGAGGCAUGGGUAGGCCUCAGCAUCAUCCCCUAAGGGGAAGGGAGCAGCCUCUGGAAGCAGGUGAUUAAAUAACAAACAAGCCUGCCCAAAGGGUGGACUCCAAACCAAAAUUAAAAUUCACAAAAUCCAUGCUCACUACAGUACCCCCUCCUCAAUGGACACCCACUGGCAUCUUAUCAGGCUUGUCAGGAUGAGUAGCAUAAAGUCCUGCAGCAGAGCAGCAUCCAAAACGAGCUUCCAGAAGUCCAGGAGCUUUCCUCCAAGUCCACUGGGUACUAGAAACCCCUGCCCUCAGGUCAUAGGAGGAGAUGGGCCUCAGGAGAGACAAUGAAAAGUGGAUGGACCUUCAUAGACUGGGAGCUUGAGCUUAAUUGGGGAGGGGUUAAUGAUUUUUUAUCAUAGGGAAGGGACUGAUGCAGCGAGGUAAAAGCUUAUGUGACUCGGUCUGCAAUGGGAGGUCACAUGAUGAGAGCCACACCAUCUGCCCAGGACGGUACUCCAGGGCUGGAGAAUGACGCAUGUCCGCCAAUCGUUUUUAUCUCUCUGCCAUAAGAGUGAGUGUGGCUCUGGGGCUCCUACACACUUCAUGCAUCUUCCUGGUGUGGUCUCUAACAGAGGGGAUGGCCACUAAGCAUUCCUGCUCAGGGAAUAAGGGGGGCCACAAACUCUCUGGACUCCUUGGUCAUCCAAGGUCACCAGAAGCUCCGCUGAAGGAAGUGGAGAGUUCUGUGGGUCCCUGGAUGGCAGGUAAGUUUGAAGGAAGGGCCCCACUGAAGCACUUGAGGGAGGGCAGCCUCAGGAACAAACCUUAUCGGGGGGCCUCUGAAUUUCAUACAGAGGCAACGGGGAACAUGUGUGAAGUUUGAGAUUGCUGAAUGCUGUGACUCCUAUAUUGGGUUCUAUUUGGAGUUUCACGGUUCUACCACUAGAUUUGUGUGUACGCAUGGUCAGAGUUGUGCUUAAAUGUACGCACAUUUCUAAGCACAAGUACAGGUUCCAUACUUUGCAUGGGAAUGUUUGUACGCACUCACUGCACACACAACUGUGCAUACGCACGGUUGAUAAAUGAGGCCCCAGGUUUUUCUGAGACAGCACAGCCCCUACUACGGUAUCUUAAGCUUCCACCUCAACAACAAACUGACGGGAGGGAUCCAGGUGUCUUAAAACUGGGACAGAUCAAUAAUCUUGGAUGAAUAUCCUGUAGAAAUUUGAAAACCCCAGAAAUCGUUGGAGGUCUUUACAGGAGGUAAGAUUGGGCCACUCGACCACUGCCUGGAUCAGGGCCAACCCCUUACUGAGGACAGUGGAGAGGUCAUGAUAAUCCUGGGGACUAGAAGUCCAGCUGAGCUGGGGUGACCAAGGGGCGGCAAGAGAAGGGAUUAGCUGAGCAGAGGCAGUGUGAAUGGCAGUGUACACUCCAGUUUGUGAUGGUGGCAGUUUUUCAGUUAAUUUGGGGGUUGUGGAGAUGAAGAACUAUGACCAAGAACUAUGGGAGCAUGGGGAGAAGCUGUGACGUACAGCUAGAAGUCCUCACAGUGAUUUCCAGAGAUGAUGAGCAUGACACGGUGGGUGACUCUUGCUAAAACUCUGCCAUCUAAUGCAGUGACAAUCUUGGGGCUGGAUAGGAGCUCUAAUAAUAAUAAUAAUAAUAAUGCAUCCGAUUUUUAUAGCGCUUUAUCAGAAACUCUCAAAGCACUUUACAUUGGAUUCAUUAUUCAUUCACUCACACAGUCACACCCUGGUGGUGGUAAAUUACCUUGGUAGUCACAGCUGCCCUGGAGCAGACUGACAGAAACAUGGCUGCCAGUUUGCGCCUACGGCCUCUCCGACCACCACCAAAUAACACUCACAAUCAUGCACCAGUGGAGGACACACACUGGGAGCAAGGUGGGUUAAGUGUCUUGCCCAAGGACACAACAGACUGAUUGGGGAUGGGGGGAAUCGAACCACCAACCUUCCAGUAAUUGAAUGAACACUAGCUCACACCUUCUAACUCGAGGGGGAGAUUGACCUGUCUCACCAUUUCAUUGUGAACAAAAUUAUCUUUAGCCCUGGAAUCAAUCAGAGUCUGCAGAGGUAGUGAAUCCUUCUCUCAAAGAAUGCAGGAGGGAGUAGAGAUCUGUUUGGGAGAGCUGGGGAAAGAGGAGGUUUGCCUCAUCAGUGCACUAUCCACAACUGAUGAGCCUAAUCUUUAAAUAUAGCAAGUCAGGAGGCCAGGAAGUGACCCUGCUGACCACAAUAGAUGCAGAGCCUUUGAUUGAUUCUUCGUUGUCAUUCACUGGGGUGUACUUAAGCUCUUCCAAGCUGCAUGACCCCCUCCUGGGCCAUUGGGGAGUUGGACGGUGAGGGAGACAGGGAAGAGGUAUUUACUAAACCAGCAGGGAGAGCCAAACUACAAAACUUGCCUGCUCUUUUCUGACCUCUCUCCCUGUGUCUCUUCCUAAGGCAAUUAUCUAUCAGAAUAGCCAGGGAAAUAAGUUCCUCAGGCUUAUAUCGAGAGGCUGGUUUGUUCUUUGACUCAUCAGAUAAACUCUUCAGAAACACAACCUUUGACUCUAACUUACCACAACCACAUUCUGAUGCUGCAGUGUGAAAAAUUAAUAGAGAAGCCUGCCACUGACUGAAAUCCCUGAAUCCGAACCAAAAUUAAAAUUCACAAAGUCCAUGCUAAUCACAAACAUGAAGCUUCCUGAGGAUAAAAACCAAAGUAAACUGAACACACAGCAUCAAUGCCUGAAUGCCGCUGUUUACUCCUGUAUUAGCAGAGAAAUGAGAUUCUAUCUUUGUCUGUGAUGGCUGAGAUAUACAGUGCAUCCGGAAAGUAUUCAUACCACUUCACUUUUUCCACAUUUUGUUAUGUUACAGCCUUAUUCCAAAAUGGAUUAAAUUCUUUUUUUCCCUCAAAAUUUCUACACAAAACACCCCAUAAUGACAAAGCGAAAAACUUUUUUUUAGAACAUUUUGCAAAUUUAUUAGAAAUAAGACACUCAAAUGUAUACAUUUGCAUGUAUAUAAUUAUUCACACCCUUUGCUAUAAAACUCAAAAUUGAGCUCAGGUGCAUCCUGUUUCCACUGAUCAGCCUUGAAUUGUUCCUCCAACUUGAUUGCAUUCCACCUGUGGCAAAUUCAGCUGAUUGGACAUGAUUUGGAAAGCCACACCUGUCUAUCUAAGAUCCCACAGCUGACAGAGCACGUCAGAGCACAAACCAAGCCAUGAGGUCAAAAGAACUGUCUGUGGACCUCCGAAACAGGGUUGUAUCAGCGCACAGAUCUGGGGAAGGUUACAGAAAAAUAUCUGCAGCAUUGAAGAUCCCAAAAAGCACAGUGGUCUCCAUCAUUAAGAAAUGGAAGACAUUUGGAACCACCAGGACUCUUCCUAGAGCUGGCCGCCCAGCCGAAAUGAGCAAGCGGGGGAGAAGGGCCUUGGUCAGGGAGGUGACCAAGAACCUGAUGAUCACUCUGACAGAGCUCCAGCAUUCCUCUGAGGAGAUGGGAAAACCCUACAGAAGGACCACCAUCUCUGCAGCACUCCACCAGUCAAGCAUUUAUGGUAGAAUGGCCAGACAGAAGCCACUCCUCAGUAAAAAGCACAUGACAGCCCGCUUGGACUUUGCUAGAAGGCACUUGAAGGACUCACAGAUCAGGAGAAACAAAAUUAUCUGGUCUGACGAAACGAAGAUCGAACUCUUUGGCCUGAAUGCCAAGCGUCAUGUCUGGAGGAAACCAGGCAUCGCUCACCACCUCGCCAAUACCAUCCCUACAGUGAAGCAUGGUGGUGGCAGCAUCAUGCUCUGGGAAUAUUUUCCAGCUGCAGGAACUGGGAGACUUGUCAGGAUCGAGGGAAAAAUGAAUGCAGCUAAGUCCUUCGAAACCCUGGAUGAAAACCUGCUCCAGAGUGCUCGAGACCUUUGACUGGGGCGAAGCUUCAUCUUCCAGCAUGACAAUGACCCUAAGCACAUGGCCAAGAAGACAAAGGAGUGGCUUCAGGACAAGUCUCUGAAUGUCCUUGAGUGGCCCAGCCAGAGCCCGGACUUGAACCCGAUUGAACAUCUUUGGAAAGACCUGAAAGUAGCUGUGCACCAACGCUGCCCAUCCAACCUCACUGAGCUUGAGAGGAUGUGCAAGGAAGAAUGGGAAAAACUCCCCAAAUCCAGGUGUGCCGAGCUUGUUGCAUCAUACACAAGAAGACUGGAGGCUGUAUUCGCUGCCAAAGGUGCUUCAACCAAGUAUUGAGUAAAGGGUGUGAAUACUUGUGUAUGCAACAUUUGAGUGUCUUAUUUUUAAUAAAUUUGCAAAAUGUUCUAAAAAAAAGUUUUUCGCUUUGUCAUUAUGGGAAGGGAAUUUAAUCCAUUUUGGAAUAAGGCUGUAACAUAACAAAAUGUGGAAAAAAUGAAGUGGUAUGAAUACUUUCCGGAUGCACUGUACAUUUGUGUUUUUAUUAUGUAAAAAGAAAGUUUUGAAAGCCAUGAAUGUGUUUGUAGAUUUUGGGUAGAUUAGAUUAAACCCAUCUCUGUCCUCUCCUUAAUGUCUUUCAGGGAUUAUUGGGUUUCCUGGACUGCAGGGCGAACCAGGUACUCUCCCCUUUCCCUCUUCCAUUCUUUGCCCAAUUUCUGUUGAAGGCUGAUUAUCAGAAAUCAACUGAGCAUUACUUAAAAUGAUCAGGUCAGACUUGGCCCUCUAACCUCGCAUUCACACUAAUUUGCACAAAUAUCUUGCGUAAUUUGCAUGCUUAUAUUGCAUCUGUAGAGUCCAAACACACAUUUGUGAUGUGAUUCAUGUGAAAAGUCAGCUCAAUUUGCAUUUACAUGUAAUGCACUUGCGUAAAUGAUUUAACUCGCACUUGGUGUGACCACAAGGUAAGAGCUCAGGCAUAGAUGGUGAUUCCUAAAAGAAUCCUGCAGUGAUAGACCUUUAUGAUCAUGACAAUUAGGGUUCUAUUUCCAUGCCUCGCCAACGUCGUGGCACAGGCGUGGCAUAAGUCAGAUCCGCUGCACCGACAAGGCGUUCCCAAGCACAAUUUGGUAUUUGGUACAAUUUGGUGAGCGGCGCAGCCCGGCGUAAGUAUCCCCCCUCCCUAACUCAGCUCCUCCCAGCGGCGUAAAUUGUAGGGAGGGAGGAGAGAGGACAUGGAGUGGGUUUAGCACAGCCGAGGCCUGUUUUCGCCAGUCAGGACUGCUCCUCUCCAUACCUUUAAAUCCGCCACCGGCGAGGCAUAUUACAAUUUUCGUGAAGUAGUCAAAGAGAUCAAGAGAUGUCUGAAGAUAGCAAUGCUACUUGAAGGCGACAGAAGGCAGCCCCUCAACAAGUGUUGCUGUAAGCACUGCAGAGGGCGUCCUCCACACUGUCUCAUAUAAGCACAGAUGGAUUUGUUGUGUGUAAUGUUGGACCCACUGGUAAGACAAACACCCUUUUUCACAAAUAAAGAAACUCACACAAAGUUGCAUAUAUUCAAACCUCAUGUGACAAAGGUGGGUUGUGCACAUAGAUCACAACAUAAAUUCAAAUUAUUGGCAUUAUAAUCCGAACCAUCUGUGCGUUAAUGACGCAUUGCGCUCUGUGGCCUGGCUCUUUCUUUCAUAGAUGUUGGCAUAUAAAAUAAGUUUGGCUCCCAAAACUGAAUAUUAUAAUAUUCGUAUGUAGGCUUAAAGUAAAUAACUCAUCUGAUCACUAAAAUAAAUCAUCUGUUCAGCUGUUCCCCACCGUGUUGCCAGCGGACACGAAAAUAGAGCCCUUAGACUUUAAAUGAAGACUCCUCUUCUUUCCUGCAGGCGUGGGUGUCACCGGACCACCAGGUCCCCGGGGGCCACCUGGCCUUACUGGACCAAAAGGAGAUUCAGGAGAACCUGGGCCAUAUAUUGUAGGGCCUCCAGGACAGAAUGGGAUCCCAGGAGCUCCUGGGGCUGAUGGAGACCAGGGGGAACCUGGAAUACCAGGUGAUAGUCGGUCUCAUUUAUUUUUAAGGGUCAUUGCACAGGCCUGGACUAAAUUAGAGUGAAACAUGUUCAUAAAUCUGUGUUUUUAAAGAUUUGUAGAAGCAAUUACCUCCUAAACACUUAGAAAGUAUAGAGAUUGGAUGCUGCUGGAUAUGAAAAGAAAUAAAGAGUCUGGAUCAGGUGGAACACAGUCAAGAAGUUUUACAGGGAAAUAUAGGAAGAAGAAAAAAAAACUCUACAUAAGAAGAAAGAAACAUGCCAACAUUUUAGUCAACUGUUAGUUCUGUGAGUUUAAACAGAUUUAGAGUGCUUCAGGGAACAUCCUUGAGUCCCUUGCGCUAAGAUAAUUUAUUUAUACCGAAGAGGAGGUUUGUUUUACAGACAGCAAACCUUUCAAAAGGAAAAAAAGUCUUCAUUAAAAAAAAAAAGAAAAAAAAAGGCAUUUAAAAGGAAAAGUUUAAUCUUGAUGGAGACAUUUGGCCCAAUGUUGCAUGCAACUGUGUCCCCUUUAUACAAAAAUAUCUUCGAGAUGGUCCUCUAAAGCAGAUAUCAUAACUGAGUUUUGAAAGAAAGAAUAAUUGAAAAAACACUGUACGAACAUGGAUAAUAACAGAUAAAAAUACACAGAUAUUAGCAAAUGUUUUAAUUCUAAUAAUGCAGCAGGCUUUAAUCUGUUUUUAAACAGUUAUCAAAAUAUACACUUUUUGUUUGUAUGUGUGAUUAUUUUUAUUUCAUGAUAUGUAAAUAACAAUAAUAAUAAUAGUAGUAAUAAUAAUGAUGAUGAUAAUAAGAUUAAAAUAAAAUAAAUGACUACUGUUUCAUAGUGGAGAGACUUAACAAAACUAACAAAGAUGAUAACUAUGAAAAAAAUAUGUAUAUACAGUUUAUUAUUAUUAUGAAGGGAAAAAAAAGAAGAAAAACUAUAAUUUACAUAUCCAAAAAGGAGUGGGAAGAACUCCCCAAAAUAAAAACAAGGGGAUAAUAAAAUAAAACAAAAUAAAAUAAAAUAAAGAUGAGGAGACAAUGGAAUCAUUUAAUAAACAGUCGACCCAUAGUAACUACAGUAUUUUUAGCAAGUAUCAUGUAGUCAGCCAGGCUUAGCAUGAGCCUGGAAUUGGUAGAGGGGCCUAGUUUAUAUAUAAACUAUCAUUACAAACUGACAAAAGGAAAGGACUGCUCCCUGGACUCAACAAAGAGUUUGUCUAAUGUGCUAUUUGGAAUGGGAUUCACAAUUGAAACAAAAAGAGAAAAAACUCCAAGGCACUCUCUUAAUAAUAUUACAAUGCCUAAUGGCAUGGUUCAAUGCUUUAAUGGUAUGGUCAUAUAGACUUUAAAAGCCAACUUCGACACGUUUUGGCAUCAAGCCUUCAUCAGGAAGUAAAGAUAACAGAUGCUAGGUUGUGGUAGGGCCUUUUAAAGGGGUGCUUCUCCAAUAGGACAUUACCACUUGACCAGAGGUUUGACCAGCAGAUGGUGUUAUUCACGUCAAUGAAUGUUUCAACAAAGUUUUUAUCUCAAAAAUCCAUGCACAACAUAAUUCAAAACAGAUAAAAUAGUGACAACAUAUCAGAAUUGGUUUACAACAUUUGACUAAAUUACCUGCAAUUUUUAAAACUUUAACUCAGUGCUUAAAGAACAUCUUUCCUUUACAAGAAAACAGUGUAAUCCUGUUCUUCAUUUAGUCUAGGGUGUUUUGUGGCUUGUAGUAUAUCAAUCCAGAAUGCCUCCUUUUGAUUCAGUUUCCUUAGUCUGUCACCUUUUCUGAUGGUCAGAAGGAUGUGGUCAAUACCAAUGAUUUGUAAUAUAGUUGGGUUACUGUUAUGGAAUUCCAAGUAAUGUUUUGCCAUGGGGCAGUGGAUGUUUCCAGUUCUUAUCGCAUAUUUGUGUUCUGCAAAUCUGUCCUGAAGGCGUCUUUUUGUUCUGCCAAUGUAAAAAACUUUGCACAUUGGGACAUUCUAGCCUGUAAAUAACAAAAGUGGGCUUGCAGUUGAUAAAGUGAUUGGAUUUGUACUCUUUUUGUGAUGUUAAAUCCAAAAAAGUUUUAGUCUGUUUAACAUCUGUAUGUGGUUACAGUGACUGGAUUGAUAAGACCCUUUUGGUUUUUGUCCCAGCCAUAAAGUUGGAUUGUUGGGUUUAAGGUGGCUAUGAACCAGUUUAUCUUGUAGGAUCAGGUAUCUUCUAAAACUCAAAAGUGGAGGCUGUGGAAAAAUGUUGAUAAGUUGUGCAUCACUCUGAAUUAUGUUCCAGUUUUUAUUAAUUAUCUUUUUUAAUGUUUUCUGCUUCUGUGCUGAAUGUGGUGAUGAAAAUUGGUCUGUUUUUUUUUUUUUUUUUUUUUUUUUCUGGGGGGGGGGGGGGGGUCUCUCGAUCAGAUUUUGUCUAUCCAGGUUUUUUCUUUGUUGAAUGCUUUUUGCGGUGAGGCAUGUUUGUAUCCUCUUUCCUUGUACAUCUUGUAGACCAUGUGGACCCUUUUAAGGUUUACAUGACCAUGCCAUUAAAAUAAAGGCAUUUUAAUAUUAUGAAGAGAGUGCCAUGGAGUUUUUUUUAUCAUUACAAGCUAUUGAAAGAAAAAUGGUCAUACAACAUCAAUCAAUCAAAUCAAUCAAAUUUUAUUUCAAUCAAUCAAAUUUUAUUUAUAUAGCGCCAAUUCACAACAGUCGUCAUCUCAAGACGCUUUCCAAAGAACAAGAGCAGGUCGAGACCACGCUCAUUGUUUGAUGAUCAAGAACCAACCUAAGAUGGGUUUUGGCCCAUCUCAACUAACAUGAGUAGCAGUGGCAAGGAAAAACUUCCUUUUAACAACAUGUCUGCUUGGUUGAUUUCACUCUCCUUCUUUCAGAUUUCCUCCCUGGAAAUGCUGGUUCUCCAGGACUUAAAGGUCUUAAAGGCUUGAGGGGAUACCCUGGAAUCAGAGGGGAAGAGGGACGGAUGGGUGAGUGUAAAAGAGAGAGAAAGUACACUGAUGUCAUAUGAUGUAGAGAUAUGAUUUAAAAGCAUUACUCUGCACAAGUCUGUUGUCCAAUCUAGACCUGACUUUCUUCAAGGCCAAAGGGUUGAAACCUGCUCACAGAAAAAGAAAUAUAAUGUCUCUGCAUGGCUCUGCAGCUAAUCUUGUGUCAGUAAUUUUCUCUAUGAUACAAAAAAGCCUGUCUUGCGAGGAGACAGAGCACACCUAGGAACUACAUUGACAUAGAAAGUGACUCAGACCAGAGCAGCCCUGGAGCAGAUGUUUCUGUGAAGUGAUCACAGAAAGUGGAUCUAUCAGUACCUCACAAUUAACAUAGUUACUGUAGGCUGAGCUCAACCACUGACAGAAAACAGGAUGGCAAAAUCAGAUGGGACCAGACAGAGCUAUGCAGCUGCAGAGAAACUGCACAUUGCUGAACACAAUUAAAAUCUUAUUGUCGAAAGAAUGGUAAAUAGACUACAUUUGUACAUUCACUUUAUAUACCACACUCACAGCACUUUAACAUCACAUCACUUUUCACCCGUUCACACACUAAUGGCAGAGGUUGCUUUUUAUAUACAGCUGUGGCCAAAUGUUUUGAGUAUGACACAAAUAUUAAUUUUCACAAAGUCUGCUGCUUCAGUGUUUUUAGAUGUUUUUAACAGAUGUUUCUAUGUUAUACUGAAGUGUAAUUACAAGCAUUUCAUAACUGUCAUUUUUUAAGUUUUUGUUUGUCCACCCACAUGUUAAGGACUGACCACACAUUCUCUAUGGGAUUAAGGUCUGGGGAGGUUCCUGGCCACAGACAACAAAUUUUUUUGUUUUUUUGUCCUUGAGCCACUUAGUUAUUACUUUUACCUCAUGGCAAGAUGCUCCAUCAUGCUAGAAAAGGCAUUGUUGGUUACCAAACGCAUCUCAGAUGGUUGGGAGAAGUUGCUCUCCGAGGAUGUUUUGAUACCAUUUUUCAUUGAUGGCUGUGUUCUUGGACAAAAUUGUGAGUGAGCCCACUCCCUUGACUGAGAAGCAACCCCAUGCAUGAAUAGUCUCAGGAAGCAUUACUGCUGUCAUGACACAGGACUGAUGGUAGCGCUCACCUUUUCUUCUCCAAGCAAGCUUUUUUCAAGAUUCCCCAAACAAUUAUUAAGGGGGUUCAUCAGGAAAAAUGACUUUACCCCAGUCCUCAGCAGUCCAAUCUCUGUACUUUUACAGAAUAUCAGUCAGUCCCUUACGUUUUUCCUAGAGAAUAGUGGCGUCUUUGCUGCCUUUCUUGACACCAGGCCCUCCUCCAAAAGUCUUCACCUCACAGUGCGUGCAGAUGCACUCGUACCUGCUUGCUGCCAUUCCUGAGCAAGCUCAGCAGACUUUGUGAAAAUUAAUAUUUGUGUCAUUCCUAAAACGUUUGGCCACAGCUGUAGCCCACCAGCUUUCAUAUUCACACACCACUGUAUGCAGCUAGCAGGGGGUGAGUGUGGUCAAGUUUCUUGCCCAUGUGCACUUCAGAAUGGGGGAAGCAAGACCUGAGCCACAGCCACCACCCAAGAGACAGUUAAUGCUUCUUUCCAGAAUGAAGAAACCUACUGUUUGACCAACCUAACAAAGAGGUGGAGCUGAUAUUCUUGAAGACUCCAAAAUCAGGCCACUGGACUGUGUAGAGUUGAGAAGACGUUUCGCCUCUUAUCCAAGAAGCUUCUUCAGUUCUAAAAUUGCUAGUGUGAGGAGCAGAUAUUUAUCUUACUGGAGAAGGGGACAGACAAUGACUGGGAGGAGUUGGAAAGAAUGGGUCGUAGAAACCCAUCUCCGGGUUACUACCUGAGGAAGUGGCUCUCCUGUGUUGAGCCAUGCGCUUGUGAAGCGGUUGUUUAGUUUCCCCAAUGUACAGGUCCGAGCAUUCCUUGCUGCACUGGACAGCUUACACCACAUUACUCUGUUUAUGUCUCGGUGUUUUGUCCUUGCGAUGGACUAGCUUCUGCCUUAGUGUGUUGCCAGGCUUGAAAUGAACAGGAAUGUGGUGUUUGCCAAAGAUCCUUUCAAGUUUUUCCGACAGGCCUGCAACAUAAGGGAUUACAGUGCUCUUGCAUCUCUCCUCCCUUUCGUGUUCAGUGUUAUUUCUCUUUCUGUUCUUCACAAAGGCCCACUUAGGGUAUCCACAGGUUGUCAGGGCAUUUUUGAUGUGCUUCUGUUCCUUUUCCUUACCUUCUUUCUUCGUGGGGAUAUUCUCAGCCCGGUGGUUGAGUGUUCUGAUAACACCCAGUUUGUGCUGCAGAGGAUGGUGGGAAUCAAAAAGUAAAUAUUGAUCCGUGUGUGUGGGUUUACUGUGCACUUCAACGUUGAGACACCCAUCUGCCUCCAGGUGUACAGCACAGUCCAAAAAGGCCAACACAGUGGCCCUCAUUUAUCAAUCUUGCGCAGACCUGAGCGCAGGAUUCAUUGUACCAUAGGACACACGUGAGAUUUAUGAAAGGGUUCGUAUCUGACCGAUCCCAGCGUACGUAUGAUCGGGUCUUGAUAAAUGCGGUGGCUGAAAUCGAUCGUCAUUAACAUGUUUACGCCCUUAAAUAUUUGUGGUUCAGAAGCCUCGCCCACUGAGGUCAAACAUGAGAAAGAUUUGAAACUUUUCCGAGCUGAAAGUGGAUAUUUUCACAUCUUUCUCUUUGGAAGCAUCAAAACUGGUAUAAAAGCAGUCCAGAAAACUCCUGUCUGGAGCAGGAUUAUGGUGGCGCUGAACAGCGCUGCUGCGGAAUAGCGGACAGUGGCUGAAGUUUGAAUAAAUCAUUAGUCAAUACGUGGCUCAUGAUGAUAAAUUAUUAUCUCAUAAACGCCUCAUAUUUGUUUAUUGCCAUGACAUAGGGUACGUUGCUCCUAUUGUUGAAAGUAUUUAGUUUUAAUUUGUUGCGUCUUUGUAAUGUAGAGCAGACUGGAGAGUCUGAAAGAGGCUGAACAAAAGUAAAUAUUAACAUUACUAAACGGUGUGUUGCUGCCCUUGCGGCACAUUUUUAUGGAUUUCUAUUGGAUUUUUAUUACUGAUUUAAUAGCAAGAGCACUUUCUAAACUUAUAUUUUACAUCAGAAUCCAUCGAUAAGGUCCUGUCUCCUCUGUACAGCACCAUUGUGGAGUCUCUCCUCGUUAUAGUUCUCCAGGCAUCGGGUCCUCACAUUGCACCGGCACAGCCAACGGCACUCCAUUCGCCAGAGCAACAUUGUGCAAAACUGUACUGGCCCAAAUGAUGUCCCACACCCUUUCAGGAGUGUACAACAACGUCCCCGCUGCUGGGCCAAGACAGAGACAUCUGCCUUUUAGGAGUCAAACGCAGCGCUCCACAGUGGCGCGUGUACGCGCAAUGUUAAAACAGCGCUCCUGCUCUGUGGCAGUGUUUUUGGGCAGAGUUAUCGAAUACGCCUAUUUGCCUAGGACAUAACACAUUUAUUGUAUUUUAUUUUAUUUAAGUCUUAAUCUUUAAUGAAAUCUGGCUGAUUGUGUUUAAUGACAGGUUUGAGGUUUCUUUAUCAAUUAUUUUCAGACAGACAUUUGCUGCACCGCAGAUCCACACUGACUCAAACUUGCGUACACGAUGUCAGACCUGUUGUGAGAUUUGUUCGUAGCAUACGCUCACAUGCAGAUUGAUAAAUGCCGAUCCUCACAUUAAAAUUGUCGUACGCAAGGUGUACACAAGUUUUCUGCCGUACGCAAGCUUGAUAAAUGAGGGCCAUUGUCCUUGACAUCUUCAUGGGCGAACUUGAUGUUGCUGUCCACUGUGUUGAUAUGGUCAGUGAAGGCCUCUACUUCAUGUGUUUUGAUCUUAACCCAGGUAUCAUCCACAUAUCUAAACCAGUGGCUAGGUGCUGCUCCUUUGAAGGAGGUUGGGGCCUUCCUCUCAACCUCUUCCAUGUACAGGUUUGCCACUAUUGGAGAAACCGAGGAGCCCAUAGCACAUCCAUGUUUCUGUCUGUAAUGGCGCUCUCUGAACUUAAAAUAGGUGGUGCUGAGGCAGAUGUCCAAUAAGGAGCAGAUGUGGUCGGGGUUAAGUUGGUUCUGACCUCUAGUGUGCUGUCCUGUAAGAGGCGUUGUCUUACUGCUUGGAUUGCCUCUGUUGUCGGAAUACUCGUGAAAAGUGAUGUGACAUCGUAGGAAACCAUGGUUUCAUCUGGGUCCAGUCUGAUGUCCUUGAUUUUCUCUGCAAAGUCCUGUGAGUUCUUGACAUGGUGAGUGGUGUGGCCGACAAGAGGAGCUAGGAUGGUGGCCAAAUAUUUUGCCACUUUGUAUGUGACUGAGUUGAUGCUGCUGAUGAUGGGUCUAAGGGGGUCCCCUUCCUUGUGUAUUUUAGGUAAUCCGUAAAUGCACGGGACUGCUUCCCCUGGGUAUAGCCAGUGAUAGAGUGGGCGGUCGAUAACUCCAUCCUUUUCCAUCUGUUGAAGUACGCUGAUAACUUUCUUUUUGUAGCUGUUGGUGGGAUCCCAUUUUAGAGUUUCAUAGGUGGCAGUGUCACUGAGAAGGCUUGUUACUUUGUCAUGGUAAUCCUUGGUGUUGAGUACAACAGUGCAUCUCCCCUUAUCUGCAGACAGGAUGAUGAUGUUUUCAUCUUUUCACAGUGAUGCCAAGGCUCUUCUUUCCUGCAUGGUCAGGUUGGAAGGAGGUGUUUUGGCAUUUGAGAGAGCUGCUGUUACCCUCAUCCUAAGUUGCUCUGCCUCUGUGACCGUCAGAUUGUUGUUACGGAUAGCUGACUCCGACCUUCUUGGAUAAGAGGCGAAACAUCUUCUCAACUCUACACAGUGAUUUUGGAGUCUUCAAGAAAACCAUGAUCUGGAUGAAUGAGAAUCUACAUGGAGCUGAUGUGUGUCCAGACCAUAGACUGUAUAUACUAUGGACAACUUGGUUCCGCCUACCGCCUGUAUACGGAUUUGAAGCCAAAAAGCUCUCGGUAUUUCAGGGAUUUGUCUUCAUUUCCUGAAACCAGCGCUGCGCAGUAGCCAUGCGCGCAUUUGGCCGCGCAGUCACCGAGAGUCACUGUGAUGAUGCUCAGCUCAAACAGCGUAUCCCCUGGGAGAGCUACGCAAUCUCUGAACGCCCAUAGGCUGUAUCAAGUGUCAAUCAUAGAAAAACAUGAACCCCCUUAUAACUUUUAAAAACUGAGCUUCACAGAAAAAAGAGGACUUGAGCACAAACCAGUCUUACAAUAACUACAUGUCAACAUCGCAAGCGGGGGGAGAAAAAUUUAUGCUCUGUGUAGUAAAUUUCUAAAAUUUGUCCACAGCUCCAUAAGCUUUGCUGGCAGAGGCAGGAUUAAUGACCUAUACUGCAGCCCGUCCACAGAGGGUGCUGUUCUCGGGGUGGCUUCAACCAGCGAGGAGGCAGACUCUGUCCAUUCUUUAUACAGUCUAUGGUCCAGACCCACCUGACUAACAGCCUCAAUGCUAUGUCCAUAUUGUACAUACAUAUGCAGACUUCUCAGCCAUGCUAUAGUUGAAACAGGAGAAUUCUCUUUAAAGGCAGCUUACACACUUUUUAUGAACAAAGAAAUGAGGCCAAAGCUGCUUUAGUACCAGGUUGUGAAGUCGGACAUUGUAACAUAGCACUCUCUGAGGACUGACUUACUGCAGGGACAGCCUCUAGUGGCCACUAAUGGGACUGCAGUUUUUACUUCUUCAAUGAUGGCUUUAAGUUUUCUUUAAGUUUGCCAGUCGCAGAUUAGAUUUGGCACUCUGGGACCAUCUUGGACACCAUGAUAACAGUUUUUUUUUUUUUUAUGGUGUUCUGGUCUUUCCAUGAACAUAUUUUAAAAAGCGGUCUUAGUUAUUUAAAUAUUUUUGUGUUUUUCAGGAGAUAAGGGGGAGCUUUGCACUGUCUGCCCUCUCCUUCCUGCCCUCGCUGCUCCUCCAGGUAAACCAGGAGAGCCUGGUAAAGAUGGAUUACCAGGUAAAACCCUCAUCUGGGUGGAUUAUUUACUAUUUGACAGAGGCAUUGAUCACAUCAUUUACAGCUGGAUGUAAGCCUUGUAAGCAAAAGUUUUUUUUGUUUUUUUUUCUUUAAUUUCUGUGAGUGUCUGUACCAGAGAAUACACUGAUAAUGAGGGAUUAAAGAAAUGAUGAGUGGAUUACGGUGAAAUAACAUUUUCUUUGACUUUAAAUGAGUAACCCACACUGCUUAAUGCGCCCAGACCAGCAGAUAGCAGGGUCUAGUCCACAGUCAGAAUCUGGUCCACUGUCAUGGUCUGAUCCAGUCAGGAUCAGAUCCUGACUGUGGAUUGGAUAAAGUUAACAAGUGCCUGAAACUCAUCUUUCUGCCUCUGUAAUGUCAUUCUGUGUUCAGGCUCACCUGGCCUUUCUGGGCCCAAAGGUCAAAAAGGGGUCAAAGGUAUUCUAGGACAGCCUGGUUCACAGGUAAGUUCACUGAUCACCUGUAGACACGUCUCUCUCCCAGCUGGUGCUGCUGUGGUGUUUGAUUCCUCAGUUUCAGGGGGUCUCAUGUGUUUAAAGCCUUUUCUCUGCACUCCAGACUCCUCCAUCCUGUUCAAAUCUGUUUCAACCCCACCAUCAGAGCCAUCAUUCACUCACUCUCUGCCACAUUUUCCAUCUUUAGGGCACCUUCGGUCUCCCUGGUGUCCCAGGUUCUGCAGGACCUGUUGGUGACCCUGGGAUCAUGCAGAGGGUAGGGCAGAAGGGGGAGACUGGGGAUCCAGGUCAGUCAGGACCACCAGGCUUGGAAGGGACUGAUGGAGCUCCAGGAGCAACAGGGGAGAGAGGUGUUCAGGGACCGAAAGGAAACCCUGUAAGUAACAGAUACAUCAUCCAAAGGGACCACCUGUUCAGUUCAGAUUUUUAUGUAUUAAGGGGCCGAAGGUCCGGAGUCAAAUGGGAUGAAAGUUAGGUCAGAGGUGGGAUUUGCAGAUGCUAUAUAAAUCAAGUGUAUCACUUUCUUUGUAUCAACUACCCUUGGAUACAAACUUUCCUGAAGUAUUAAAGUCAAACAGAGAAAAUAUGCAUUUUGAGUAUUUAGUAAUAAGAACAAAAUAAAAAGAACAAAAUAAAAAUUGACAUCACUUUUUUCGUCUAUUUGGCAAUCUCAACCUCAGGUUAACUCACACAACAGGUAUUUAUUACUCUUAUAUGUGGGCCCACAAAACAAACACAUAAAAAGCCGGCAGAUAAACCAAAAUAAAAAAAUAACUCCCGUUGCAGGCCCGGUAGAGCUGCUUGCUGACUUUAUUAUGAAGACGAACCAACCUGUCGUCUCUGCGGCCCAACCAGUUUCGGCCCUCACCCCCGUCCAGUUAAGUUCCCAUUCCCUCCCGUCUCAGCAGCGGGAAGAAAGCCAGCAGAAGGAAAACCAAACGCCCUCAGCAUCAGGGGAAACACAGCCAGCAGUGUCCUCAACUCCGGCUCGGCAACAUCCAGAAAACUUAGCCAGCGAGAGCAGCAGCAAGCUGUAGCAUAAAAUCCACAUCUAGUCCCGCAGCUGGUAAGGCACGCAGCGAGCGCGACAAGCAGCAACCGCGACAAGCAGCAACCGCGACAAGCAGCAACCGAGAGAGAGCAGCUAGCUCAGUGUGUCCAACUGAUCUUCUCGUCUCUCAUGUUAGUCCUGCCGCCCAGCCAAUUACAAUAAAAGAAACAUAAUGUCUUUUUACAUUGGCAAAUAAGACGCAGGAAACUAAAAUAACAUCAUGUUAGUUUGUCACACCUCAUGACAGGGAUGUACAUUUCAAACAAACACAAACAUUUUCAGGCUUAAAGUGACAGUGUACUGUUUUAGUAACUGUGAAGUUUUACCUUUUAAACACUUUUUAAUACAUCAAGCUUAACUAUGAGUUUUAACUUGGACUUUGAACAGUUUUUUAACUUGAAAGUUAAAUCUUUUGUUUUCACUUUGAGUCUUACAAGUUUAGACUCUAACUCUGGGUUUUAUCCUAGGGUUACACAAGUAAUACAAUUACUAGCCUGUUCAGCAAGGGGCAUUCAUAUGUCAGUGUUAACUUUGACAUAAAUAAGAAGAAAUAAACAUAUGUUAAAAAAAGAGAUUUUUCACUGAAAUGGGCAGUCAGCACAUACAAAAUAUCUUUGAGUUAAACUGAUCACUUUAAAAGACAGCUUUCAGGCCUCUUUGGUGAUGAUUUGUCAAUCCCAGGUUGCUCCUCCCUAAAUCUUCCUCUUUUUCUGGUUGGUGUGACUUUGAAUGUACCAUAAUUUACAAAAUGACUAACGUGCUUUUUUCAAGAAGACUGUGAACCACAGACUAAGACCAUAAAUUUAGAAGGGAUAUGUUUACUGAGGGGUAAAAAUAGCUGAGAAGCAAAAACCUUUUCUCAGAGACUUUCAUACAGUCAAAAUGAUUUUCAGUACCGGAAGAGUCAUCCACUGCUGGCCAUAACGGCUGCAUCCACCACUUGCAUGUGAUCUAAGGAAACAAAGAAGACCUUCCUGGAACAGUGUGUCCAGUAAACAGAUAUUGUAUCUAUGCAUGAUGAUAUACAGUAUGUAGUUAUGCUGUUAUAUGUGGAUGAUGGUCUGCUGAUUCUCUCUGACACCAUCUUCAGGGGCCCCCGGGGGAGACAGGUGAAAAGGGCCUGAAUGGGGUAACUGGUCCCAGAGGGCCAGUAGGACAGGUGGGACCUCCAGGACCACCUGGGAUAGGCUUUCCAGGGCCUCCGGGACCUAAGGGCAAUGUUGGGGUCCUGGGACCACGAGGAGAUCCAGGAAAUCCAGGUAAGCAUGGUAGGACUGCAGGCUGGUUGAUUUUGAACCUUUCAGGGGAAAAAGAGUUUGGUGUUGGAAUCUUUGAUUUAAAGGGCCGAAGUGGUCAAACAAACAGAGUCAGAAAAGGAUGUCUAAUAAGAUGGAAAACAAUAAAACAUCAAAUCAAAUGUCCAGAGUAACUCCAGUUACUGACAGCUCUGUCUGUGUGUCCAUCUGUCUGUCAAUUCAAUCAGGAGAAAAAGGUUCUCCUGGUGAAAUCAUAACCUAUCCAGGAGAUCCAGGACCAAAAGGAGAGAAAGGUUUACCAGGGAACCCUGGACCUGAAGGUGAGACCAAGGACAAAACCUUAUUUUGGAAUAAAAGGAAAAAAAAACACAAAAAUUGUUCAAUAAGCAAAGUUAAAGAAUAUCAAGUUGUCAAGAUAGUUCUUAGAGAGGAUAUGUUAUUUUUAUUUUAUUUUUUUAGGAUUAAUAUGUUACAACCAGGCUUUCCGUUGGUUUGCUGGUCCACCUUUUUCUACAGGUUAAACUCAGUAGGCUUGUUGAUUUGUUACUUUUGUUAGCUUUUGAUAUUUUUAAAUGGCUCUUUAUAGUAAGAGAGUCUAAUGGAGUUGUUCUUUGUUGUAAUAUUUCGAAGUCUGUGCACAUUUUCCAUUCCCUCAUUUCUACUUUGGGUGCUCCACUCCAGUCCAGUAAGUCACAGAGGUGCUCCACUGAGCUGAUUUGCCCUAUCUGUUUCAUUUACAUUCACACUGACAGGGACAGCGAGGAAGUCAGAUGACCUUUAUUUUGUUGAAGAAAAAAAAGAUGCAUGUCUAACAUUAUUUUGACUUUGAUGCACUCUGUUCCUGCUAAGUUUGCUUUAAUCCUUCAAAAAUUAACUUAACCUGUAUGUGACUCCCCUGUGCACUCUCCUGGUCUCAGGUGUGCCCGGAUAUCAAGGUAUACCAGGAUCUGUUGGUCCAAAGGGAGAAAAAGGAGAUAAAGGAUUUUCAGUCCAGGGACCUCCAGGCUUCCCAGGGGUCAAAGGUCAGGUCCAUGAACAGUGUAAGAUAAAACCAUUGAGGCUAAAAGUCAAUCAAGGAUGAUGUUAUUUGUUUGUUUCUGGAUCAGGAAACAAAGGUGUCCCAGGAGCUCUAGGUUUACCAAGUUUUGGCAUCAAGGGACGGGCAGGGCCAUCAGGACCCCCAGGGAUGCCAGGCCCCAAGGUAGUGUGGACUGACAUGAAGAGGUAGACCUGCGAUGGGAAUAUUUAAGUAUAGUGCACUUUCAGUGGACUAGGGGAUGACUUCUGAUUUACUGAUGAGUUCAGGUUCUCUCAUGCAUUUCUUCACUCACACAUGAAGUAGCUGUCAAAAGCCUUUUUCCACCAAAUCCUGCAUCAGCAGAUCCAAUUUGGUUCGAAAAGUUGCUUUAAUUGGUUGGUUUAGACAGGUCAGAUACAUGAAAACAUCAAACUACUGGUGUAACAAUCAGGUCCAUGUUGGUUUCUGAUGUUUGUGGUGGAUUCUGCUUUCUGCUUGCAGGGGGACCGGGGAUUAGGUUUCCCAGGGCAGCAGGGUCAGGCAGGCCCCCAGGGAGAAGAUGGCUAUGUGGGACCACAAGGAGACCCUGGACCUCAAGGUUCAGAUGGAGCGCCAGGAGCCCCAGGACAAGAUGGGCCUCCAGGAACAAAAGGUAAACAUUUAAAGAUCUGACAAAGUGGUACAGGGUUUUUUUCAAAGAACUUAACUUGUUUUUUUGGAUAAGGAGGAAGAUCCUUUCAGUGCAAAUAUCAAGAUACUGUUUUAAAAACUCAAACCCAGGACGAAAUGUCCAUAUUUGAUUCACCCAUCAAUACAGCAACAGAACUGACUGAAAACAUUGAAGGUAAACUGAAGUGUCUCUCAGGUCGUUGUGGUCUGGAUGGUUUACCUGGUCCAGUUGGUUUUGUUGGAGUAUGUAUAUCUGGAGAUCCUGGUCCUGAGGGAGCAACAGGAAUGAUGGGUGUCAUCGGAUUCACAGGUACCAAUCUCAUGAGCUGAGGAUGUUCUUACAUCAACCUUCCCUCUUACUCUUACGAUGCAGAAAUUAGACUGUCUCAUAUCUCUGUUUCUCUGGUUUCUUCAAGGGGCCCGGGGCCCAAAGGGUGGGAAGGGUGACCCUGGACUGCCAGGCGUUGGAGCCAUUGGGUCUCAGGGACCAUAUGGGGCCCCAGGGUUUGAUGGAGCUCCAGGGCUAGUAGGGGGAGUUGGAUUAAAGGGUCAGAGGGGUUUAAAUGGGAUACUAGGAAUCCCAGGUAAGACGUUGUAGUCCCUCCUGCUUCCUUACCUCUAAUGUUUUCAACUGUUUCUUUGGAUGUUGACACUGCUGUGAUCAAUCUUGUCCAACAUUCAUAGUCCCCACAGCAUGAUCCCCUGACUUUCUUCCUCGCACCACCAUCAGUUAAACAAGUGUUUGUUUUUAGGUGAAAGAGGGGACAGAGGCCCAGUAGGAGUCUCUGGUAAUCCAGGAUAUGAUGGAAAACCAGGAGAGAUCGGUCCACCUGGGCAGACAGGUUUCAUCCAUCCAACAAUCUAUCAAUGAGUCAAUCAAUCAAACAAUCAAUCAAUCAAUCAACCAGUCAAUCAUUCAGUAGAACAAUCAGUCUGUCCAUUCUUUGUGUAACUGUCCAUAACCUGCCUGUCCCCCAGGUCAGAUGGGUGUGGAUGGGGUUAAGGGUCCUCAGGGGCCUGUGGGACCUCAGGGAGACCGUGGAGCACCAGGAUCAAAAGGGAUGGAGACAGUUGUGGUGCUGUAUGGAGACCCUGGAGACCAAGGAGCUCCUGGUACUGCAGUUGGACUGUCCACUGCUCAAUAUGAUAAUGUCUUUAGGGUUCCUCAAAGUGAAGGGUCCUGCUGUACUUUUAUACCUCUGCUGUCUCCUCUUCAGGGGCCUUUGGUUUCACUGGACCAAAAGGAGAAAGGGGCCCCAUGGGGCCACAGGGCCCAGAUGGUAGCAGAGGUAAAUCUGGAAGUCCUGGACCACAGGGUGAGCAGAACUAACCUAAUACUGUUUGUGUACUGUAGAUGCCUCAUUUCCCUUUCCUUAGACAUGAUGGGGUGGACAUGUGGUGAAGAACUGUUGUCCUGAUGUUAUAACCUUUUUUUAUGGCGAACUGCUAAAGAAGCCGUACAUGCCCACUCACAGGGGUGUUAAUUCAAAUGCAUUACAGACAGAACAGAGAGAUAUCAGACGGGAAGGGAAAAACAGCAAGCAAACCAUACAGGUGAAAGGAAUCAGCUGAAAAUCAAGGUUUACAACAACUGCAGUGGGAGAUAAAGAAAAGGUUAGGUCUGUUUGGUGUCAACAAACAUUAGCUGACAGCUGACAAUAUGUGAGCCAUGCUUUUGUGAGAGCUGUGUCAGUAAUACCUAAAGCACUCUGUGUAUCCCCUAUAGGUAUCCCCUAUUGCAUGAAACCUAACCCUCUGUCUGACGAAGUGAUCGUAAAUUAUACUUGGGUUGACGUGACAAAAAAUGCUGGAUCAAAUUGAAGUCGCUUGUCAUAGCAAAAGGACUUCAGUUCCAGUUAGGAGACAAAGUUCACUAAAGUGGUUUAUGAAAACUAACACAGAGGUUGCUUUUUUCUGGCAUUGUCACUGAAAAUAUUGUAUUAAUUUUGUAUUCAUCAUUUUGUUUGGUGAGGAGGUUCAGGAAUUUCCCUUCCCCCAAAGGGCAUGACAAAAAAAGUUUGGGAAUUUCUGGACUACAGAGAGGUUAACAUACUUGCCAACACUGGAUUGUGAAAAAUAGGGAUUUUUUUUUUAAAUCUGUGUAUUGGCCCAAAAAACAAGGCUCCUGCGCCAGGUGUGCGCAUAAAUUCUUGCCUUGUAUUUUAGAAAUUCGUCUGAAAGUAUUGUUUCUUUGAUAUUCAAAUAAAUGAUUCUGUUUAUCAUUGAGGGCAAUGAAAAAUUCAACAAUUUAAGUUGUUGAAAGAGUACCAGAAGGCUAAAUAAUAUGGUGGUUACACUGCAAUGCAUUUCAUAUGCAGUAUUUAUUGCACAUCAAAUUAAAAGUGCCACUGACUGUGCUACCAUCUAAAGGAUUAAGUGGCUGUUGUCAAAAGGAAAACUGAACUUGUACUAAAAAUUCCAUAAAGUUCUACUGCAAAUGAGACAUGUACGGUAAUUAAACAAGAAAACACAUUUAAAAUAGCAUAAAUACAAUGGGAGACUAUUAAUACAGAUUACAUCAACAAGGCAAAGAUUUAGCCUGUAAACAAGUCUUGGAUAAUGCACAGGAAUUAUUUCUCUAUCCAUCUCUGUCUGAAUUCUGAACUGAGCAGAAGAUAAAAACCACUACAAGUGACUUCUUAUUACAAUUAUUAUCUUCUGGCAGUAUUAGCGCUAUUUGGCAUAUCAAUGGUGACUGAGUCACGUCACUGGCUUGCUUUAUAUCUGCAAGCAGGCCAGUGUUGCCUGUUACUGAGACAAAUAUUCCCCACAAUCUUACUUGUUUCCUUCACUGUAAAAAUCAGGAAUUUAGCAGGAUAAAUUACAGCCCGGGAGCAUUGCAGGAGAUAGGGUUAAAAAUCGUGAAUCUCCCAUGUGAAAGGUAGAGUUGGCAAGUAUGGGUUAAGAUGUAUGAAAGACAGUUUUUCCUGUCAUGUUUUAUUGUACAAAUUUAAAGUCAAAGUUUUUUGUGCUUUUAGGACUCCCUGGAGACCCUGGCACUGUUGGACCCCCAGGUCCCCCAGGUCCUUGUGGAAUCAAUGGGAAUCCUGGAGAGAUGGGGAAACCAGGUAAUGUUCCUCCAAACACAACCUGCGUCCGUGCAAAUAUUUCCAGAGACAUGUACAGAAAAUACAUUUUCCUUCUCAUCACAAAAAAAACUGUAUCUUUAGGGAGGGGCAGUGAUGUUAAAUGUAUCAUGACCCACUUUUCCUAACUUUCAACUGUCAUGAGACAAAUUAAAAUCUACUCUAACAGGUGUCUAAAAUGUGUAAAGGCUCUUUCAAUAAUCAGAUUCUGCUCUGCAGCAACACAAAGCCAUUUUAUAGCCUCAACAAUGUUUUUCAGAGAACUGAAAUGUUUACCCCUCAAAUAAACAUUUAAGUUCUCUGUAAACAUGCUUUACUGAUCCGCUCUGGGAGGAAUUCUGUUAAUCAAAGAUCUCCUGGUGUUUCUAUUCAGGUUGUAGAGGUGAGAAAGGAAAUACAGGGCCUUGUGGACCACCUGGUUUGGAUGGAAAAUCUGGACCAGGGGGAGCAAAAGGUCCUAAAGGAGAACAAAGCCCACCUGGACCAGGGUUCAAGGGAUUUCCAGGAGAGAAGGUAUCCAACUGUAAGCCUUUUUCAACAUCACAGUAUAAAUGGCCACUGAUGUGGUAAAUAAACAUACAUUUAAGAGGGGACAGCGUUAAGAACUGUCUCCUUUUAGAAGGUUUAGAAGGGAGACCACCUACAGAGGAUCGCUCAUCCAGUUGUUUGAUUAAGGCAGACGAAGCAUAUGAUAGUGAGGAGUGUCAAUAUUCAAAAAUGACUGAUAAAGUGCGUCAGCCCUCUACACAAAAUUUUUAUAUGCAGAUGAUCCUCUCCUGUCCUCAUAUGUAACUAUUAAGUUGACUUUGAUUAUUCAGUUUGUUUCACACACAUUAAUGACUCUGAAAGAUGCAAUUACAAAUACCCCUCUAUGAAUCUUAAACUAACUGUGAUGAUGAGGUUUGGGUGUCCCUGUAAAUCUGCUAUCUGUGUGGCCCCCCCGGUAUGGUCUCCCAAAGCAAAAUGGUAUCAGGUUAAGUAUCAAGACCAGAGUAGUUCGAAAGAGUCCUAUUAAGCGGGCAUUUUAGGGUAGCUACCCCAACAAAGCAGCGAGACUGGGACUGUGCCUAGACGUGUUAGAGGGGUGGCCAAACCUUUAAUCAUGAGGCCCAGUCAGGAAUGAACUAGAUUGAGCUGCCAGGAAGACAGUUGUCGUCAAGAGUGAGCUGUGCCUGAUGGAAAAUCUCUCUGUUAACUCUUUGCUUGGUACUAAACCAAAGGUAGAGUCACUCACUGUCAUUGAAGGAGAGCUUGAAGAAGAGCUGAUACUCCUUUGUGAUGAAAGUGUAGUGAUUUGAAUUUAUAAUAAAUGUCUAAAGAUAAAUAAUCUUCAAUUAUGAAAUUUAUGCACUUGUUGAAGGAGCACCACCCACCUUUAGUGGUGGGAAAAUAAAGAAAAACAAAAGUUUAAUUCAGAAAUCCAACAUUAUUUCAAUCUUGACAGAAUUCUGCUCCACUUGAACCUGUACCUGCUGUGGGAGUGGUCAGGGUAGAAAUAUCUGUUCAAGAGCUGAACACCAGUUGUAAAGUUAUAUUUUUAAAACUUCAUUUUAGAGACAUGGAAAUCUCUUCACUACCAUUGAGAGUGACUUCAGCUAAGUCACAGUUCUUCAGCUGUUAUCCUUAAAGUCAGAUUUCCAGUUGAUCAGUGGGCAGCUAGCUAUCUUAUCACUCCACUUAAUUAGAAAUCAGUUAUCUCCAGAUUAACAGCCAAAUGUUAGUUGGUUCCAGGAGUGUUAGUCAGUCCAAGAGUCCACUGACUCUUAGACUAGCGCCAUUACCAGUUCAAGAUUUACUGUUCCCAGUAUCGUUGGUUACUGCUGAGAAUUCCAUCCACUUAAGCCACACAUGGGCCAUUCAAGUUGGUUUUACAAUAGACCCGCAAUUGGCUUCAUACAGGGUUCACUUUCUGAUCAACAAGACAUGUUACUUUGACUCUCUCUUGAAAAAUCAACCAGAUAGAAAAACCCCAGGAUCAUCUGCAUAUAGAGACAGUAAAAUAAUUCAUAAUCAAAGCGUAUGUGUCGACAAGAACUUGGUUGCUGAUCACUUUCUGAAAAGAUAAAAAAUGUUGUUUUCUAGGUUCACAGGGCUGUAAGGGUCCUCCAGGUCCUCCUGGUCCUGGUUUUAAAGGGGAGAAGGGAAAUAAAGGAGCAACAGGAAACCCAGGACCACCUGGUUUCUUACAUUAAUUAAUCUCAUAUUUUAAGCCAAAAUUCUCAUUUCAGAGACUCCACUUCUGGAACAACACUAACAGACAGGAGCUUAGAAAAAAAAUCAUCUGUUUAUUACAGGAUUAAUGAUGGUACAACAUACAUGCAAUAAAUGAUGAUAAGAUAAUAAGGGAUAAAUAGUAAUAGGUGAAUAAUAAAAGAUUCUGAGUCAGGCUAGGAGCACUAAAAUUAAUGAUAGUGAGUGAAUAUGCUCUAACAAAUUAACCUACACUAACUUUGGUGUCAAGAUAUUUUUGGAUGUGGAUUUGGAUGAACCUAGGAUUACCAGAAUAAGUGAAUAUCUGAGUCAUGACCACAUGAGACAGCACUAGCCCUGUUUGGAGCUCUGGAGGUUUGCAUACUUAAGUGAGACUGGUCCUUGGAGAAGAUGGAGCAAGUACCGAAGGUCCAGGGCUACUGGCGGUUCGAGCGUUUCAGCUCAGAAGACGACUGAAGUCAGCCGAAGGAUGGGCCAGGAGUUGCAGUACUCGGGUCCAAACAGAAGCCAGCGCUGUGGAUCCUUUGGAUGUCUCACUGUGUACCAUUGUGUAGUUUAACAUGUCUGUUAACAUGUCGAAUCACGGCACAGUUUUGUCAUACUGUGAUCUCUAUAUUUAACACUCAUUUUAAUUAACCGUUAAAUGUCUGAUCCUCCUUUCAGGGCAGUGCAGGAUGUCCUGGUCCUCAGGGGUCAAAGGGAAAACCAGGGGACUUGGGAGCCCUUGGUGCUCCAGGAGAGUGUGGCCUCUGUGGCUCUAAAGGAGCAUCUGGGGCCUCAGGAUGCCGAGGUCUGAUUCAUUUGAGUUAUUCAUCAUAUGUUUGCCAUUUAUACAGUUUGUAUAAGAUACAUAAAGUGUGUGAUGAACACACGCAGAUCGAAUAAUCCGUUCCAUAAACUGUAAAUGGUAUGGACAAUGUGACUCAGCCUCCUGUCAUUAGAUGGAUAGAAAACUUUAUUGAUCCCCACUGGGGAAAUUCAUUUGCCACCUCAUCAACCCAUGGAUACAACAUGGACAGCACGUUUAUAAUGCACAACAAGAAAAUAAAUAACACCAGAGAAUGAAUACAUGUGAUACAAAAGUUACAGCUUCAGCAGGAAAACAUUGUGGCAUUCUGCUCAAACAGCAUAUGCCUGGAUGAUCAAUGCAAUCUUUCAAUCAUAGAAAAUAUGAUGUCAUAUCCCAUUUUUAUAACCCCCUUACAACUUUUAAAAAUGGAGCUGUCCAGAAAAAAUAGGACUUGAGCACAAACCAGUCAUACAAUAACUGCUUGUCAACAUCACAACCAGGGCGGAGAAAAAUGUAAAUGACUUAUAUUUAAUUUUUAAAGUCUGUCUAUAGCACCAUUAAGUUUGCUGGAGGAGGCGGAAUUUAUGACCUAUACUGCAACCAGUCAUCAGGGGGUGCUGUCCUUGUAUACAGUCUAUCGUCUUUAUUUGAAGUAUAUGCUAUUUAGAGGACAUGGUCUAAAGUUUUUUUUCAAGCCUUUCCCUUAAAAAGGUGCAUUGAGAGUAAUUUAAACAUUCAAUUUGUGGUUUUGUCUUUGUAACAUUUGUAACAGUGAACUAGCAAUAGGUGAAACUCAGUGACACUGAGGGAACAUUAGUGGGUCCUGAAGGUCAGUCAGCAGAGAUGACCAUGACAUCCACACAGCAUUAGACCUUUUUUAUCAUCUCUUUCUGCCUCAGGUCCUCCAGGGGUUCCAGGUGAUAAGGGUUGUGAUGGUCCCCCUGGGACAAAUGGCCCUUCAGGUCCCACAGGACUCACAGGUACGUGAGCCAAUGUGACAGUUUUUGAAACCCUGAGGUGUAAUCUGGAGUCCUAGGAUGUCAGUCUGUUCACAUAAAAGUGUAAAACGAUGACUGCAAACCGUGCUCUGUGGCCUGUUGUGUCAAAUUUCAGGGAACAAAGGGCCUCCUGGAGAUCCUGGUCCAGCUGGUCUUAGAGGAAACCAGGGACAGGAUGGGAUACCUGGACCCCCUGGAGAGAAAGGAGCUAUGGGAGGUAAGAGACCAGGGGAGAUGAAACUGGUUUGUGAGCAGCAUGACUGAUGGUUUUGCUCAUUUUUGCUGUGAGCAGUUUACAGGCUUUGGUUCCUAACCUGAUCUACUUCUGGACUGUUCAUCUCCUCUCCAUUUUCCUACAGCUCCUGGAAUCGGGCCCCGGGGCCCAGAGGGAAAGAAAGGUCCAGCAGGUGAGUCUUCUAGUGUAAAAAAUGUGUUUAGUUGUCGAUCUUAGUCGUACACUGAAAAAACUUUUUUCCCCACCUUUGGCCUCCUCAGGUUGUGCUGGGGAGCAGGGUCCACCUGGGCCCUGUGGACCUCCUGGCCCCCAUGGAGUAAGUGGAGAUCCAGGCUGUACCGGUCCUCCUGGACCCCCUGGUCCACCUGGUUGUCCUGGCAAGGAGGGACUUUGCAUUGAAGGAAGCAAAGGAGAAAGUGGAUUCUCAGGAGCACGAGGACCAAAAGGUGAUGAGGACUUUGAGUGUUUAAGAGAGACAGAAUUCUGCUCCACUUGAACCUGUACCUGCUGUGGGAGUGGUCAGGGUAGAAAUAUCUGUUCAAGAGCUGAACACCAGUUGUAAAGUUAUAUUUUAAAACUUCAUUUUAGAGACAUGGAAAUCUCUUCACUACCAGACUAGCACCAUUACCAGUUCAAGAUUUACUGUUCCCAGUAUCGUUGGUUACUGCUGAGAAUUCCAUCCACUUAAGCCACACAUGGGCCAUUCAAGUUGGUUUUACAAUAGACCCGCAAUUGGCUUCAUACAGGGUUCACUUUCUGAAUGUUAUGCCUCUUUCCAAUCAACAAGACUCUUACUUUGACUCUCUCUUGAAAAAUCAACCAGAUAGAAAAACCCCAGGAUCAUCUGCAUACCAGGAUCAUCUGCAUAUAGAGACAGUAAAAUAAUUCAUAAUCAAAGCGUUUGUGUCGACAAGAACUUGGUUGCAGAUCACUUUCUGAAAAGAUAAAAAAUGUUGUUUUCUAGGUUCACAGGGCUGUAAGGGUCCUCCAGGUCCUCCUGGUCCUGGUUUUAAAGGGGAGAAGGGAAAUAAAGGAGCAACAGGAAACCCAGGACCACCUGGUUUCCUCGGUGAACCUGGACAACAAGGCAAGCAGGUUAGUACAUCAUAAAGUCACAAUGGAGCCCAGAAUUUAUAGACUGAGUAUCCACUUUAUCAAAGAUCUUCAUCUAAGGCUGUAGCUCAGGAGGUAGAGACACCUUUUUGGUGAGGUUACCUCAGACCAAGAGAUUGGAAGUAUCUUUACUUGUCAUUAAAUCCUCAUUAUCCAAAAAAGUCACUUAGAUGUUGUUUAAAUUUGGUCCUUCCUAUAGGUUUUGGCAUUAAAACAACAAACCCCAGUUUAUCCUACUGGUUGAAGUGUGCAGACAGCAUUCAGAGGCUAUAACUAAUUCUCUUUGCAGUUGUAGCUUGUUCAGCUCUCAGCAACAAGAUUUUUCUUGCAUGUCUUCCUCCACUCUCUAUUCCCCACAUUUCCUGUCUGAUCCUGGCUGUCUUACUCACAAAGGCCGAAAUAUUUGAAGAAUAAAGCUUGUAACAGUUUUGCAGUUGCUCUCAUAGAUUUUUUCAGGCUGAAACAGUAAAGGUGGGCACAAAGUCUGUAAAGUCAUCUUUCAGGGAGAGUGUGCCUUACUAAAGUAUUUUGGUGGUACAUCCACCAAAACUUCUUGUCUUUGUCCCUGACAGUCUCAGACUGAUAUUACUGUAUGAGUCUGACAAUGUUACUGAGAUAAAGCAUUUUGGGGUUUUUUGUCCUUUAUGGAAGUUCUGAUACUUGUUACUCUGAAAAAAUCUGAUUUUGUUGUAUUAAAACUCAAAUAUAUGACCUAUGAUGAUCUUUCUGUGAUAGAUAUUACUAAGGCUGUCUCUGCAGUGUUAGACUGAAACCUUCUCCUUGUCACUGCUUUCAGACUUUAAAAAUGACAAAGUAUUCAGUAUUUAUGUAGAUGCCCUGGUUGGUUUUGUAACCCAUAUCGAGAUAUCAAUAUUCAUUUGCCUGUUUCUUUUUUUAACUAAAAACUCCUCUCAAACAAGAAGCUCUAUAUCUGCAGGUACUUUUACUGUAACAUAGUGAGGCACUGAGAAAAGCUCUGUGCCUCAAUGGGAUAAAAAUGGGCUCUAUUAGAGGAUGCACUUUGAUCAGAACCAUUUCUACUGAGGAUUAUCAUAAAGCCACAUCAGGCUGAAAUUAUGUAUUGGAGUGAUCACCAAAUUUCAGUGAGUAUUUAGAUAUUUAUAUUCCAGAUCCAGAUAAACUGGGCUCAGGUUUGAAAACAAUAGUUUCAUCUAUUCAUAAGACCCAAACUGAGUCGACUUAGUAAUGUCUUUUUGAUAUUGACAGGGUGAAGAUGGACAGCCGGGUCCAUUUGGACAAAAGGGCCAGAUGGGAUGCAUUGGUAUCUCAGGACCUGUUGGUAAGAACACCAAUCCAACAGCCAGUAUAAAGGGCAGUACAAGUAAAACCAGAUGACCUGGUUCACUGAAGAAUUACCCCGCUUCUACUUUUGAUUCUGCAAAAGUGGAGCAGAGCUGCUGAAUUUGGUGGGCAUUUUUGAGCUUGAAUAUCAUUGGAGUUAUUUGCUACACGAAUUAGCUCUUAAGGUGUAGCAGAUAGUGGGGGGAAAAAAUGCACAAGUUUUUUUGCGCAAUCAACAGCUGCUCCCCAUCCUUGGUAACCCCCCCACCCCCACCCCACCCUCACUUAUACACCCAUCAGGUCAGGCCAGGUCCACAGUCAUCAUCUUUUCAUACUGCAGAAAGCUCUUUUCAUUUAUGAUGGUCUCUGAUGUCUCUGGUGAUCAGGAAACCAAGAAAAGACCAACGACAGACACCUUCAAUUUUUGAGAGUAUAUGACCACAGUAGUUUAUCUUUAUGUUUUAUUAAGCUUCAUCUCUGAGUUUAUUUUUCUCUUUCAGGUCUUAAAGGGGAGGAAGGACAACCAGGGAAGGCUGGCCUACAAGGACCUCCAGGACCACCUGGGAGAAGAGGUAACACAAUUACAUCAAACCAUGACCACAUACAACACGAAUUUAGUCUCAGCUAUGUCACUAAUGGUAUGUAGCCGAAAGAUGGCAGUCGCCAUAUUGGAAAUGCUGACUCAACCUAACUUUCAGUCGGCCGGGCAAGAGGUGGGGCCUAAGGGGUCCAAGCUUUCAGCAGUGUGUCCACCUGUCAGUCAGAUCAGAUCUGCCUCCAAUAAUGCGUGACAUGCAGAACUCCAAACCUUAAUAUCUUAAGAACAAGCACAUCAGACAACAAGUGACUCCCUGCACAGGGUGAAUAAGGCAAAGCUACAAACAACAACAUGGGGCUCUAUAAGGUCUCCUGGGCUUUUAGAGCAAGCCCCAAGUAGACACCUGAGAAGCUGCAGUUUUUAAUACUUUCUGUUACGCUUCAUUGUUAAACAUCGGAGGUUGAACUUCAGUCUGGUUAGCAAACCAUCCAGCCAGAGUAAUACCGUAUUAGCUACCUACUGAGUUAUCCCAUCUCAGUGUACCUCUUUGGCUGGCAUGUCGUAGGUGCGGCAUAAGUCAGGUCCGCCGCGCCGACAAGGCGUGUCCAAGCACAUUUUGGUAUUUUGGUGAGCAGCGCAGCCUGGCGUAAGUAUCCCCCCUCUCUAACUCAGCUCCUCUCAGCGAUGUAAGUGUAGAGAGGGAGGAGAGAGGGCGUGGAGUGGAUUUAACACAGCCGAGACCUGUUUUCACCAUUCAGAUCAACUCGUCUCCUCGCCUUAAAUCCGCCACCGGCGAGGCGUAUUACAAUUUUUGCAAAGUAGUCAAAGAGAUCAAGAGAUGUUUGAAGACAGCAAUGCCACACGAUGGGGACAGAAGGCAGCCCCUCAACAAGUGUCGCCGUAAUCGCUGCAGAGAGCGUCCUGCACACUGUCUCAUAUGAGCACAGAUGGAUUUGGUGUGUGUAAUGUUGGACCCACUGGUAAGACAAACACCCUUUUCCACAAAUAAAGACAAUCACAUAAAGUUGCACAUAUUCAAACCUCACAUGACAAACGUGGCCUGGCUCUUUCUUUCAUUGAUGUUGGCAUAUGAAAUAAAUUUGACUCUCGCAACUAAAUGUAAUAAUAUCUGUAUGUAGGCUUAAAGUAAAGGACUCAUUUGAUCACUGAAACAAAUCUGUUCAGCCACCGCAGCAGCAGGACAGGAAGAAGACACAGAGACAUGUCCAGGUUGGGCUGCACCAGAAAUAAGAGAAAGAUGAAAAAGAAAAGGAGGGAGGCGAAUUACAUAUCUUGUUAACUUCAUCAUGUAUGUUUAUUUACUAGAUAUUUAAAUUAAUUUAAUGCGGUUUCAGCUGUGUUGGGACUGGGCAAUUAUUUGAUCGCGAUUGAUGAUCGUGAUAAAUUUCAGUUCAAAAGAUGAUCAGCUGUGAACAUAUUUACUCAAUCAAACGUGGCGAAAAUGUGCGUGACAACAGCCAAUCAGAGUCUAGCUUUUCCUGCUCACUUCUGUAAGUUGCCGGAGAAGUGAACAGGAGAAGUAAACAGAAUGACCAACAUGGAGCUAAACACAGAGCUUAGGGCAGCAAAAUAUAGCCUGGCUGGGCCAUCCAGUUGCGUGAAUCACUUGCUGUUCCUUCCCACAACAGUCUGAAUUUCGGCCAAUUGGGAGCGUGUAUUAGAAAUCAGAAAAUAACCGGGCAAAUCAGUGACUGCGUUUCCACUGUUCCCCAGACAACAGGGAAAGGCAGCCCCUGAUUGGUCCAUGUGUAGAUGGUGAUGUCUAACACAUGCUGGGGGACUUUUCAAAGCGCCGUUCAUUCAGAACACCUUUAAUUCUGCAGUUGACUUUGCAAAGUCGGCAGAAAUCAUUUAUAUCCACAGAAGAAGACAUAAAAGACAUUGUUUGCUCGCACACGUUGAAAUAUUAUCAAACCUUUAUUUGAUGCUUGAGAGCCCAGCAGGAAACACAGUUGCACACUGUGAUGACGUCAGAUGUUUGGUUACGGUGAUUGGUUACAGUAGUCUGUCUAUCAAGGAAAGCACUCCCGCCCACUUUUAGGGCUACCAAUUGGCCGAAGUCCAGACUGUUGUGGGAAGGAACGGCAAGUGAUUCACGCAACUGGAUGGCCCAGCUAGGCUAAGCAAAAUAGAUGUCAGCCAUGACAUUGACUCAUUCCCUGAAGAUGCCAUUGUUGAGAAGAAAAGUUAUUCAACGUCAGUUGUGUGACGGUGGUUUGGGUAUCUCCAAAGUGAUGUCGAGCAAUGAAGCCGAUGUGUAAGGUAUGUGGUGGUCGGUGCCCUCAAAAACCGGCAACACAACAGAUCUGUUUAAUCAUUUGAAGAAGUACUUCCCGAGUGAUUAUGCGCAAAACAUGAAAAUGCGAGCAGAGUCUGUGCUGACAGCAUGAGUAGCAUUAGCAACUAAGCCACAACUUGCGGUACAGCCACCAGACCAAAGCAAUCAAUCGUAUCAUCUAUGUUUACAUCAUCUAGUGUUUACAUUUUAUGGCAUCUUCAUUAUCUCUGAGGGGGCAUUUGUUUAUUUUGGGUCUUGCAUACCUGCAAAAACACUCAGGAUUGUCAACUAGUUCACUGCAUUAUAUAGUGCUUAUCUACAUACAUGUUGCACUGUUGAGUUAAAAUGUUUUUUAUAUUUUUCUAAGUGUAUCUUACUCAAUUUGCUCUGUCAUACUUUGUAUGUUAAUAAAGUGUUGAACUAAUCUCUAGUUUCUUUAGUUUUUAGUACAGAUACUUUAAAACUGGCAAUUUAAAACUGACUCGUGAUAAUAAUCGAGAUUGGACGGUAUAACAAAAUAUAUCAUGAUCAUUUUUUUUGCCAAAUCAUCCAGGCCUAAGCUGUGUUGAAGCUAUGGUCUACGAUCUGAAAACCACUUUGGCUGUUGAGACAGAUUUGAAAAACGCAGCCUGCCCCCCCCCUUCACUCACCCCUCCCCUCUGGGUUCCAAGAUCCUGCCACCCCAGCUCAUGUCGCCUCCUAACAACACGCCCCCUCCGAUAGCGCAAGAAGCUGGCCGGCAGAAAAUAUCAGCAGUGGUACACAGUGGUAACCAUUUCAAUUGAACCGGUGCGAUCAAAACCAUAUAUUAGCGGGGCGAAGGGGGUCUGGGGUCGCCACUGUUAGCAGGUCAGAGCAGAGCCGAUUGUGGGCAAGGCUUUACCUUUCUAGGCGUGUCUUCACCAACUCAGUUUACAAUGCUUAAGUUGCGUGGCUAACUUAUACUAAAAUCUAUUGACAGAGCCUACCCGUUCAGACCAACAACAUUCAGUCACUCACCAGUAUAGGCACAGACUAACCAGAUAUUCAGCAGACAUCUCCCACUGUAGUAAACAAAGUAAUUACCUGUUCAACAGAAAUUUGGCCCUCAGCAUCAGUUUUCAGUCCCAAAUCCUUCUGCAGCUUUUUCAACAGAUGUUGUGCCGUAGAAUGCAUCCCUAAUGGGAGCGUGGUUGAAAGUACAUAACAAGGCGAAACAAUCCAAGUUUUCCUUACUGUUGGAUAGAUUCAAAAGUGUGUGCCUUUAAUGGUUUCAUUCAGGCUAUUCAGAUGAGCCGAAAAAAUAGCCCUCUGAUUCGGAAUAUUUGCUGUCCUGAAAAUAUAAUGUUCUCUAACUAGACAGUUUACUGUACAGUAUAUACCCAAGUACAUCUCUUUAUGUGCAUUUUUGAGCCACAUAAAAACAGAACGGAAGUUUGCUGCUCCAUUUGACAUGCUGUCAUGAUCCAAUAUUCGUGUUGUUUUUUUUUUUAAAUAUGAGAUCAUUUUCCUCCACUGUAAGAAGCUAAUGAGUGGAUAGGAUGAAGGGGUGCAUUCUACGGCAGGGGUGCAUUCUACAGCAGAACACCGGUCGUACGUUUCUCCAAUGUAGACUCUCCGUUGGCACCUGUAUUGCUCAUAUUUCUUUCUUACUUCAGCCUUUUCCUCGAAACUUUUACGUUUCCUUCCCUUCGAUGUGGAGGGUAACAGAGGCGGGCUCAUGGUUUCAGUGUUUGUCUUCUCCAGCUCCAUUACUCUUCAGCAGCUGUGCAGCUCGCUAAUCACAUGUACGUGAGAGGGGUAGUGGGGAGGAGGCGGGACCAUGGGCGGGACAGUGCGGACCAACAGAGACAGGAGAUUGGAUGGAUUGACAGACCCUGGUCAAUUAUUUUGCCUUUUUGCCGCGGAGAAACUGAAUGGAUUUUCUUCGUUCUUUUGAUCUUUAUAUUGCAUAGAUCGGACCAUAGGACCAUAACGGCCUUAUAAACAGUGUUAUUAAUAAGUACCAGGCUUCCAAAUGGUAGACCAUAGCUUUAAUUCAGUCAUGUUGAUUGUCCAAACGCAUGCCAAAUGUGCUCAUCAGAUCAGAUAUAGAUCGGACUAUAUUGAUUUAGAUCUAAAUGUAUGUGCUGACUCAGAUUAUUAGUUGUUGUUGAUUAUUUAUUGCACUGGAAUCUGCCUGACACUGUGGAAACCUGCCGGUGAAGCAUCGGUGAUGUAUGCGCACUAUGCCGCCGGUCCACUAAAAUAUCACGAGACCAGCUGCGUUCCGCCUGCACUGAACGCUGACCAGGUUUGAAUCAGCAAGCUUUCAGUGCACUUUCCAUGCCGACAGCGAGCACGAAAAUGUCACUGCACCCGCUGAUUCUUUCAACACCUCUCCUUUGCGCCACCACGCCCACCUUGGUGGACCCCGGUGCGCCUCAGUCCAUGAAAAUACCAAACUGGCUGUACGCCAGGCUCCACCAGACGAAAAUACCACUGCACAGGGUGCGCCACCCUCUGCCGCACUGCUGCCGGCGGGCACAAAAAUAGAGCCCUUAGACUGCUCUCUACUGUACAUAACCCUGAAUGAACAACUGCUUAUUGCCCCCCGACAGGCCAGAGGGGGAGGGACGCAACUGUUGAUGUAAAAGUGCUCCCUGGAUACCCAGGCCCACCUGGACCUCCCGGACCCCCAGGACAGAGAGGACCCCAGGGAUUCAGGGGGAGACCUGGAUCUCCAGGUUGGUUUGAAGCUGUAACCAAAGAUCCAGAUUCAGAGUGAAUGAACUUGGUUUGGGAUACAGAUACAGUUAUCAGUCUUUUGAAAAAGGUUCUGUGUUUCAUGGCUGCAGGCUGUAAGGGCAGCACAGGUAGAUCAGGUGGAAAAGGUCUAGAUGGUCGUCCUGGGCUGAAAGGGGAUCAGGGAGAACCAGGAUGCCGUGGACAGAAAGGUAAGAAUCUAGUUCUCUUUGAGCACAAGGUGGUUUUUUUUAAAAAAAGAUACAGAAUAAGUCUAUAAAAGCUGGAGACUUCAUCCCCUUCACAACCAGAAGUAACCAUUCCUCUCAUCACAAUUAAGAAAAAAGAAGAAUUUUUUUUUAAUCAAAAACAAGACUCAGCAGACCAACUUCUGCCACCGAGUUUUAAGGGUUCAGAGAAGUCAGGAGUUCCCGUUUUUUUCUGUGUGGACAUGACAUCAGAACUUCUGGAUGCCCCUGCACCCUCUGUGUUUUUGGUUAAAUGGAUACUUUCCUUUCAAGUCUCUGUUUAAUUCUGUGCACUAACCUGAAGUAGCAGAGCUCAAAGUAUCUAAUAAAAAUUUAAUGAUUAAUAAAGCUGGCUCUCUGCUGACAGGUGUUAUAGGUUUUAGAGGUGCAGUUGGUGCCAAGGGUGCUCGAGGUUGGCCCGGCUCCAUCAGAGAGCCCACAGAGCAUGACGGCUUCCUAUUCACCAGGCACAGCCAGGAACUCUUCAUCCCAGAAUGCCCUGCAGGAUCCACUAAUGUGUACAGCGGAUACUCACUGCUCUUUAUCAACGGGAACAACCGAGCUCACGGACAAGACCUGGGUAACAAGUGACAUGUGAAAAGGAAACCACAAAGUAGGCCACUGAUGGGUCUAAAAACAAACAGCCCAUCCUCCAGGACGCAGGAACUAGAUCAGUCCAGUCCCUGAAAGAUAUUUUAUUAACAUAUUAAGGGUGCUCUUGCCAUGAGGGCUCGUAUUCAUGUAGACAUGAAGUGUCUUCAUGCAAUAAACAGUUUAAAGUAUUUCAGAAGUUCCCUUUUUUGUCUUUUAAAAAGGGAAGUUCUCAGUUCAGUUUUUAUUGAUCAGUAUCUUAAAUUAUUCCAUCAUUCCAUUGGCCUGUCACAAAUCUGUCACAGUACAAUCUGUUAAGUUUUCCUUCAUAGUGAUGAAGUUAAGACAGAUUUCAGUGGAACUAGGACUAGACAUGAACCUUUUGUGUUACUUUGUGUUUUGAUUGUAAUCUUGCAGAUUUUUUUUAACACUGUUGAAGGUGUGAAUUUUUCCUGAUGUUACAAAAGAAACAGCGAUGUUUCAGUUUUUCUCUGAACACGGCUUUACUCUGACUCUAUGAACAGGCUGUACAGAAACAUGUCUAUGUUAAAAACAACCUAAACUUGCCUGUCUUUCUGUAUCUUCAGGUACGUUAGGUAGCUGUCUCCCUCGUUUUACCACCAUGCCCUUUCUGUUCUGUAACACUGACAACACCUGUCGCUACGCCUCCCGAAAUGACUACUCCUACUGGCUGUCAACUGAUGAGUCACUGCCGGGCAGCGUGCCCUUCAUCUCUGGGGACACUCUGAAGAACCACAUCAGCCGGUACUACACCAACACAACACACACCUGUGGCUUUGAGAUGGAUUAAUGCUGCGAAAUAUCAAUUCUAUAUGUUUUAUAUGCUUAAAGGUGUUCUGUGUGUGAGGCCAGAGCUAACGUGAUCGCCAUCCACAGUCAGACCAGUUUGAUUCCAAACUGUCCAUCAGGCUGGGACCCUCUGUGGUUUGGAUACUCCUUUGUGAUGGUGAGUUCACAUUGACACACAGUUUCACACUGGUUCAGACUCAGUCCUGCUGUUCUCAAUAUCUCCGACCAUCAGGCAGUCUAAGCCUAUAGCAGUGUAACAAAGAUCUGGUCCAAGCCUGAGCUAGUCUCCAUUGUAAGCUUUAUUAAAAGGCAGGGAUUUAGCCAAGUCUUAAAAAGUAGAGAGGGGUUCCUCCUAAAUCCUGACUGGUAGAGGCUUCCGUAGAGAAGGGCCUGAUUACUGAAUGCUCUACCUCCCAAAAUAGUAUCAGAGACGUUGGGUACCAAACCCAGACCUGCUAUCGCAAAAUUUUAUAAAAGCUUACUGGUAGUUCAGCUAUAUUACUGCUGUGACGUUUGACCCCCCGCUGCUGGUUCUACAGGAAACAGGAGUGGGAGCUGAGGGAUCUGGUCAGCCUCUGGCCUCUCCUGGAUCCUGUCUGGAAAAUUUCCGGAAGAUUCCCUUCAUCGAGUGUCAUGGCCGAGGAACCUGCAACUACUACACCGACUCCUACAGCUACUGGCUGGCUGCUCUUGACCCCGAUAACAUGUUCAGGUACAGCCACCUGUACGAGGGCUGAAAUUUUUAACACGUUCAUGUACUCUGAAGUCUGAACACAUGAACAUGUGAAUGUCUCUCUCUCUCUGCAGUAAACCAAAGCCUCAGACAGACACUGCAGCGUUUCCAGGAAGUCUGAUCAGCCGAUGUCGAGUCUGUAUGAAGCGUCUGUGA